AGAGAGGUCAUGUCGCAAUGUCUGACGGUCGCGACUCCCCGUCGCAGAGCGGUCUCCGCGACCGCGUUAGUUUCUUCGAAAAAGUUUGGACCGGACAAUCCAGCAGCGACGUAGUCGACGCCACAACCGACGUCGACGACAUAGAACGUCGCAUCCAGCAACGGAAACGACGUCCCGACUCGCCGAAAAUCGACGUAAAGUUGAAAUCAACUCGUGACACAGAAUCUCCUGUUAGGGCUUACGAGUCCUUCGUACCUAGUUUGAAGUUGAGACAUGUAGGACCGGAGGAUGUUGAGAAGGUGCAGCGGCAGUUCGAAGAGGGCGAUCUGACCGCUGGGGUUCGGUACGUUAAGUUUGAGAGAGUGACAGUGAAGAGGACGGUGACUGAGAGGGAAGAGAGAGCAGAAUCGCCUCAGCAUGAGUGGUACACGGAAUAUAAGCAGCAGACUCUACAUACAGCGCCUAGGAAGGAAUAUCUUAGGAGCAAAUCGGAAUAUGACUCUCAUAUCGCAGAAAUCCGCGAUGAACAGGAAAGAGUACAGAAGAAAACAUUCGUCAAUUGGAUCAACUCACACUUGUCGAAGCGCAUACCGCCAUUGCGCAUCGAUGACCUGAUCUACGACCUACGUGAUGGCACUAAACUGUUGGCUCUACUCGAAGUGCUUUCUGGUGAAAAAUUGCCUAUGGAGCGUGGUAGAGUUCUCCGCCGGCCUCACUUCCUCUCCAAUGCGAACACAGCACUCCGGUUCCUCGCCGGCAAAAGGAUCAAGCUGGUGAACAUCAACGCGGCUGAUCUGGUCGAUGGGCGGCCAGCUGUCGUCCUGGGCCUUAUUUGGACGAUCAUCCUCUAUUUCCAGAUUGAGGAGAACAGUCGGGCGUUAGAAUACCUUGGUGGGUCAAGAUGUGCUUCAGCCAUGUCCCAAGAGUCAGGAGCCGCCACUCCUACACAGAGGGCUGAGGACAGGUGGAAACAAGGCGCCAAGAAGACCUUGUUGCAAUGGGUUGCAAACGCAUUGCCCAAGGACUCAAAUAUUCAAGUAACAGACUUUGGCCCUUCGUGGCGAGACGGUAUAGCCUUCCUUGCUAUAAUCGACGCUAUCAAAGCCAAUCUGAUCAAUUUGGCUGAGAUGAAGAGGAAAACAAACAGGCAACGGUUGGAGCACGCCUUCGAUGUGGCAGAAACAGAGUUGGGUAUUGCCAGAUUGCUGGAUGCUGAAGAUGUAGACGUGGAGAAGCCAGAUGAGAGAUCCAUUAUGACAUACGUAGCUCAAUUCCUGCAUAAAUAUCCUGAACCCAAGACAACAGGACCUGAUGCCGUAGCAGCAGUACAAGAGGAGUACGAAUCUCUUAGAAUGUGGCUGACAGAACGAGUCACCACAGUUCAAAGGCAAUACGACUCGCGAACUCUCUCGCGAAGCUACGAGGACUAUGUCCGCGCCGAAAACGAGAGGCUCGCUCGUGAACCAGUGUAUCAAAAACUCGAAAAACUAAUGUACACACAAAGCCUAGUGGCCAUAGCACCAAAAUCUUGGCGCGAGCUUGUCUCACUUUGGAUCGAAUUAGAGAGACUACACAGAAAGUGGCUCUGGCUCUUAGACUCAGAUCUUCCGGGAGACUUCAGAACCGUUGGUGAGUGGUUGGCUAAAGCCGAAUAUCUUCUAUACUUUGAUGAAAUACCAACAAACUUAGAUGAGAGAACCGCCGCUAUCAUCAGUGAAAAGUUGGAGGAACAUACCACAUUUUUCUCCAGUCUCCCCGAAAUCAUUGACAGAUUUGAGGCAGCAUUAAGAUCCCCAGAUGCCGCUAAGAUCCCAUCGGGAAGACUCCAAGAUAUGAAGGAACGGCUUGAGACUGUGAGUCGAAGAGCACCACAAAGGAAAGCUAGAUUAAAGUACUUGGAGCACAAAUGUUGUAUCGUAGCAUUUACUGAAUUGACUAAAGCUAAGUUAGCCGGUUGGACCGGUAAAUACGGUCGUAUUGAUCAUGUUCGUGCCUUAUUAGAUGACUAUGACAAUUUCGUGACUAAAAAUAAAAUAUUCCAAGAGUUUGAUAGAGCUUAUGUGGAUAUAAAACAAGUAGCAGAUGAGUAUAAGAGAGUGUGUGAAAUAGAUAAAACUGAAGCAAGAGAAAUUGACAUAUUUUUGAGAGAUGUAUCGGAUAUGUGGAGACGAGUGGCUUCAGAUGUGAGGUGUGCCCGAAGUGUAUUAGAAGAGGUUAUUGCUCAUUGGGAAAGAUGGAAUACUUUAUCUGAUGAUUUUACAAGCUGGCUUGAUAAAGCACAGCACAUGUUAAGAGUAUCUGAAGAUGAAAGAUUAGAAUUCUUCCAAGAUUUAACUGUGUGGAAAGAGAAGCAUCAGCUUCUUGGCGAUGCAGCUGGAUUUUUAGCUGCAACUAGCAGUGAAGACAUAAGUUCGGAAGUAAAAAGGAAGUAUGUGGAAAUAACUGAACGCUGGGAACGUGUAUGGGAGGAGGCUGAGCGCUAUGUCCGCGGUGGAGACGCUCUUCGUCACCGCCGGGAACUGGCCUCAGGAAUACAACAACUGGACAGUUGGUUAGCGGCAGCUGAUACGCUGCUGUCGCGCCAACCUCGCGCUAACACAACGGAUAUACAGACAUAUAUUGAUCAACUUCUACAGCUCAACUCUGAAAUUGAGCACCAUGAGGAACUAUUCAAGACUAUUAGCAGAACUUUCCAAACCGCAAUCGCUGAACUGCCCCGUGAUGAGGUAGAAGCGAAUAUGGCUAAACUGAAGCAACAGAAGGAGGCACUGGUCCGAGUCAGAGCUACAGUUCCUGUGAAACUACAUCAGUACAGGCAGUUGUUAGUGCAGCACGAAUCAUUGGAGACUGGACAGAAGGAGAUCGGCCAGUGGUUGGAUAAAGCUGAUGAAGCGUUGAGGACAAGUACAGAAACAAGACGUGAAAUAAUAGAAGAACGCUACGAGAUGCACCGUACGUUCUUCUCCCGGACUACUUAUUAUCGCUCAAUGCUGGAGAGCAAAAACAAGGUGUUCCAGAACAUAGUGAAAGCGGCUGAUACCGACCGCAGCGCUGACGUCACUGAUCAGGUUCGGCUCAUGAGGGAUCUGAAUGACAGAUUUGCCCACGUAUCGUCCGAAGCCACUCGACGAGAAGCUGACUUACAACGUCUGGUGAGGGCUUGGGAGGACUUCGAAGCCAAAAAGCGAUCAGUUGAAGAAUGGGCGUCCAGAGCUGAAUCGCUACUCGCUGAUAACCGUGUAGACUCGAAGCAAGCGGUAGACUUCCAUAAGAGAUUCUUCCAAGGCGCUGAUGAGAGGGCCGUGUCUGAACUGGUCCGGUCUGGACGAGAGCUUAUUGAGCUGGUGAACGAAGAAGAUCGUUCUCGCGUAGUGCAGACAGUCGAGGAUCUUCAGCGCCGCUGGAGAGAACUGCUAGCCCGCGCUCCGCCUCACCUCAUGCGCCUUGAAUUCCGUCUUGACGAGGCUGUCUUCCACCACUGCAUUAAGGACAUUGAAAAAGAGAUCGUAUACGAAGAACAGGCAUACAAUCAAAGCGAUGACGCUGAUGGAAUCCUGAUUAGGAACGAAGAAUACUUCCGUAAUCAAGGCAAGAUUAUGCAAGUGGAACACUGUCUCCAAAAUCUUAACAAAAUCGCCUCCAGCUACACCCACCAGACCGGAGAGACCGUUUUAGAAGAUGAAUUAAGAAAAUGCGAACAACAAUGGGAGAGUACGGUCAGACGAGUUGAGAACUUCAGGCAACAGCUGCAACGGAUACCGGCCAAAUGGGAUGCUUACAGAGAAAAGUUCAGGGAAAUGGAACGGUGGAUGGACCAUGUUGAUAAAACUAUGGAUAGCAUUGUUAGAGAAGUGGAUUCUGCAGAAGCAUUUGAACGUGAAAAGACUAUAUUCCAGAAUAUUUGUCGUGAAGCUGACAAAAUGCGAGAAGACAUGAAAUGGCUUGUCCAAACUUUGGACAUGCUCACAAAUCAUUGCUCAGAAAACGAAGCCCAAGAAGAACAAAUUAAACUUGAAAGCCUAAUAGCUAGAUAUAAAAACUUGAUACCGACGAUAGAAAUUACAAUGAUAAAGACAGAAACUUAUACACGGUGCUACACUUAUCGUCGUGAGGUACACGAAGUAAUUUGUAUAUUAGAAUCUGCCAAGGAACAAGCGAUGAUUGAACCGGAACCUCAGUCGUUGCAACACGUCGAGCAACUGGUCGUAGAACAGCAAACGGCAGUACAGAAGCUUGAUCGCCAAAGACCUUCAAUAAUGUCUAUGCUGCAACGUGGUAAGGACUUAAUAAAAGAUGCCAACGCACCAGCAUUUGUUAGAGAAGAUGUCAGAAACUUAGAAAGUGGAUGGAACACAGCAUAUGAGACUUCGACAGACCGCCUGCACAAAUUGCGUGACACCCAAAAAGUGUGGUCCAAUUAUGAAUAUCAGAAAGAGGAGCUUAUGUCGGAUAUUGAUAAAAUUGAAAAUUAUAUUGCUCAUCCAGGUUUGGAACUCGGUGUGAGUAAUGUUGGACGUGAACUCCAUGAAACAAAAGCUCUUAGUACUGAUAUUCAAAGAGCUAAGGCUGAACGAUUACCCCAGCUACAAACCGCAUAUGCUGAGUUGCAAUCUCUAACUGCAAAUAAACCAAAGCCUGUAAUAGAAAAAGAUUUGGAGACUAUUGAACGUAAAUUAGGCAGAGUUGAAGAUGAAGUUCAAACAAAAGUGAAUCAUUUGGAGAAAUUUAAUGAAGAAUGGGUUAAAAUUGAACAUAAAUUGGAACAUGUCAGAGAAUGGAUCAAAAAAGAAAGUCCAGCACUUAUAUCACAAAUACAAUCAGAAAACAUUACACCAGAGGAACGUGUUGAAAAAUCACAAUUGUUACAACAAGUCAUUGGUGAGAAGCUCAAUGUAAUAAGAGGUGUUGCUGACCAAGGAACAAAAUUAGCUGUGCAAUAUCGGGUACACGAUGCUAACAGGCUAAAGAGUGAAGUUGCUUUAUUAGAGAAAAUGAUGGCUGAUUUGCAACGUUCAACCGAACACCAAACUAAAGUUGUCGAGCACGAUUUAGCUAGCUGGCAGAGAUAUCAGAAAGGUGUAUCAGAAAUUAAACCAUGGAUAGAGGAAGCUGAAAUAAAGUUGGGUAAUAUGCCUAAACCUAGUACAUUACCCGAAGCCCAGCAGUUACAACAACAAUCUAGGGCAUUGAUUGCUGAUAGUGAUAAACAAUUGAUGAAUUUACAACUUCUCUCAAGUGUUAGUCAUCAGUUAUCAGGAAAAACUAGUGCACCUGAUGAGGUUGACGCUAUUCAUUCUAGAUGGGCAGUAGUUCAUGAUCUUGCUGAUCAAUGGAACAAUAAACUUGACAAACUUGUUAGUAAUUGGGAAAACUUUGAACGAGAAGCUGAAAAAAUAGAAACCUGGAUUGAAAAUGGUGAAAAAUUACUAAAUACCCGCAACCUGACAAUUGAAUCUCCUCAAGUAGAAAAACUGGACCGUGAGCUGAACAAGUUAAAAUCAUUCGGAAAUGAAAUUUCUCAACAACAAGCAAAAAUUAUUAGUUUGUCACAGACCUGUGAUAAUAUUUGCCACAGUAUACAACCUGAAGGUGCCGCAAUACUCAAAAAUAAAGUGUUGGAUAUUAAACAACGGACAAAUACUUUAGCUGAUACAGUUAGAGAUAGAGUAAAUGAACUUUCCGACAAAAUUAUUGUUAGACAAGAGUUUAUGACGAAAUUACAUGGUUUUGAUAACUGGAUCACAGAUUUUAGAAGAAAAACUGAAAGUUAUGAUCAAAUUGCAGCAGAUAAGGUAGAACCAACAUUACAGUCAAUGCAUGUGUUGUCACAAGAACAUGCUGCUAAGGAACCCGAGUUCAGAGAUAUUUAUAACGAAAUUAAGAAUAUGACUCUAACAUCACAUCCCGAUGAAUCACGUUCUUUGAGUGAAACCUACUCAAAUAUUGCACAACACUAUCAAAUAAUUGAGAAUAAUAUUCAACAAAAUAAAGGAAUAUUACAGAAGUGGUCUGAUCUGCUAAAUUGGUAUGAUGAUACAAAACAACAACUAGGUCAUAUUCAAUAUCAGAUUGAAGGCCCAAAACUUACACCAGAGAGUUACGAAAUAUUACGGCAAGAAUUGGUCAAUAUUAUUACCAAAGUCCCAGAAUGGAAGAGUAAUGUAGCUCUAUUAGACGGACCUUCAAAGGUGAAAGUAACUGAUCAAAAUACCGGUAGAAUUAUGUCUCCAACAAGUUUAGUAAAAGAGAUUGAAAUGAAAGCUGAUGCUUUAUUAAGUCAAGUUACUUCCAAGAGAGAUCUAGUACAAAAAGUUGGUGCAAGAUGGGAUAAAUUUAACGUGCAACAUAAUGCCUUGGCUCAAGUAUUACAUGAUGUUCAAUCUGCACUUAAUGAUAUGGCUCAAAAGCCAGUUCCACUAACUGAGGCCACCAUCCAAGAUAUCACUGAACAAUUAGAUAAACUAGAUGAGGAACUGAAAGAUAAACAGUCUAUUAGAAAAGAACUUAGAGAAGAGGGUUUACAUCUAAUGAGAGAAGAUCAGCCGAAUAUGGGUACAAUACAAAAUGCUCUUUCAUCUGCUGAUAACAGCUGGGACCAAGUAGUUAAUGCUGUCCGUGAUACAAAAAAUAAAUACAUCCUUUUAUCUUCUACUUUGCAAGAGCUGAAGAACUUUACAGUCGCUUUUGAUCGGGAAAUGAACAGAGCUGAACAGCUAUAUAAUGAUUCCAAAGAUGCUCCUAGUGAUUAUGUUCAGACUGCCCAGUCUUUAGACAAAGCGAAAAAAUCUUAUGAAAUUCUUAAACGAUCAAAAGCCUUGCUUGAUCAAAUGGAUGUUAUAAAACAAUCAAUUUUAAAACAAGCUGCUACUUUAGGUGGUUUCGAUACAUCUCCUUUAGAAACUGCAUUUUUAACUUCGCAAACCCAGUGGGAAAAAGUAAACGAUGCUACAAUUAAAAGAAUUCAAGAUUUGGAGUCCCAAUUAAUUGUAUGGAGGCAAAUCGAUGAUACGAAAAAUCAAGUCAUAACUUGGUUGAGUGAAACAGGACAAAACUUAGCAAACGCUUGCGAUAAUUUAGAAAUUAGGUUUGGUCAGAAUCAUCUUACAAAAUACAAAGAAGAACUACCAAUAUAUUUGGGUCUGAAAAAUAGUAUUAAAGCUAAAUGUGAACAGAUUGUGAAUUUAAAUAAAAAUAUACCAAUUGGACAAGUAUCUUCUAUUACAGAGUACUUAGAUAAGGAAUUUGAUGCUUUGCAGACAUUAGCAGAUAAUUUGGAAGGUGCUGUGUCUUCUUUGGGAACAAAGGAAAAUAAAUUGAAGGAUACUAUAAAGCAGCUUUCAGACCGUGUAAGUAAAAUUCGUGAUGAUAUAAUUAAAUGUGAUGAUAUGACAGGAGAUAAUGCAAAAAUCUUAGAUCGUUUGAAGAAAUGUCAAUCUUGCAAAGUAGAAUUACAAAAUUUAAGUGACGAAAUCGAUAAUCUUACUCAAAAUGUAUCAGAAAUGAAUGUAAAUUACCCUGGAUUUUAUGAAUCAUUAGUGCCAAAAGAAUUGAGUACUCUACAAAAAAGAUUUGAAAGUGUUCUCGUACAUGCAAAUAAAACUGAAACAACUUUAUUAACUUUUCUUCAGAAGCUUUUUACUGAUAAAUUGGCAAUGUUUAAUAGAAAUUUAAAAAUUUUGGACGAUAAAACAAGGUGGUGUAUGCCUGACGUUAGUAGCGAUAAAUAUAAUUUAGAAGUUAAAAAUGCUGCCUUAAUUGAUGUAGAGAAUGGUAUUGCAGAGUGCGUUGGUAAAGUAAAAGAAUUACAAGAAGCUCGAGAUAUUUUGAAUGUUGUAGCUGAGCCAGCAUGUGCCCAAGAAGCAGCCAUUCAAACAGAAAAAGCUCAGAAAAAUCUAAAUGUUCUGACUUCUAAUUACGAUGAAAUUAAAACUAGGCUUAAAGAAAAUAUAGAUGCUUGGCAAGAAUAUGAAACAUUGUUAGAAAAUGUUUCAGAGUGGUUAAAAGACAAGGAAAAUAAAGUUAGACAAGAAGCAGCUAAUUUGCUCAAUAUAAAUGAGAUAGACGAUAAAAUAAAUGAAAUUAAUCAAGUAAAUCAAUCAGUGAAAGAAUACCAAGCUGACAUCAAUAAACUUACUGAUAUUGGAGAAACAUUAUCUAGUAAUCCUGACUCACGGGUAUUACAGUAUAUCAAUCACUUAGUUUCUAGAUAUCAAACUGUUGGUAAAUUUAUGGAUAACCAUCUUAAAAGAUUAAAUGAUUUGAAAAAUAACAAAGAAAAAUAUGACAAGUCUAUUCUAGAAUUCAAGAACUGGCUUCAGGAGACUAAUUCUAAAAUUAAAGACUUAGCAAUGAUGAGUAAACAUUCCAAACCAUCCGCUGCUGAUUUGGAACAAAUUAAAAGACUGAAUGACAAUAAAGAAAUUGGACAAAAAUUAUUAAAUAAUGCAAUUGAAUCAGGCGAAGCUCUAUUCAGUGGAAUUACUCCCGAAAGCCGUGAAGAAGUCCGAAACGAAUUGAGAUCUCUUAGAAAUUACUUCGAAGAUUCUGUUGAUUCUCUUAACAAUGUCAUUAAAGACAUUGAAACUACAAUCAAUAAAAGAUCUUCAUUUGAUGACACAUUCAAUCAAGUACAGAAAUGGAUUAGUGAUAAAGAGAAAGAACUUGGCGAAUUCGUUUUAUGUCCUACUCUACCAGAGAAAAAAGCUCAACUUCAUGGAAAUAAAAUCUUACACCAAGAAGUUGAGUUACAUACGUCAAUGCUUUCGCAAUUAACGGAUAAAAUCAAACUUAUGCCUGAUGAAGAAGCAGAAAAGAAUUUAGCAAAAACUAUAGAUAGAUAUAAAAAUAUUUCAAAAGAACUUGAAAAGAGAAUCAGUGCAUGUGAAGGUCAUGUGGCAGAUCACGAAAAAUAUGUUCAGUUAUUUGAAGAUUGUCGUGAUCGUCUAAAUCACAUUAUUGCGGAAAAUAGUUUGUUAAAUUACGGAGUAGUUACGCAAAAAGAAGAUGUUGAUUCCAGAAUAAUAGGUAUUGAAAAAGUAAUAUCAAAAGCUAAUGACAUUGACAAUACACUCCGUAAUCUUAAAUCUCAAUUAGAUACAGUUCUUUUGACAACCAGCUCUAAUGGUCAUCCGGUAUUAAUUAGUGAAUUUGAACAACUUAAAAUUACCUGGGAUCAAUUUGCUACACAAUGUAAAGAGCAAGAUAAGAAACUCAAAGAUACACUAAACCAAUGGAAUGAGAGCCAAAAAACGUUGGACGAGCUUGAGGAAUGGCUAAAACUUAAAGAAAAUCAACUUAGGGAUCAAAGUUUGAAAAAUAAUCUUGAAGCUAAAAUAGCACAUUUACAAAAAGUUAAAGAAAUUCAAAGUGAGCUUGCUUCAAGAAGUAAAGAUUUUGCAACAUUAACUACUAGUAAACAAAAUGUAGCUAGUGAAUCUGAGUUGAGUAAUAGGACCUCUAAGCUUGCAACAAGAUAUCACUCUCUAAAUAAUUUGGUUAAUGAAAUAAUUUCUAAAUAUGAAGUAUUUGUAGCAGAACAUCAGGAAUUUGAAAACGAGCAUGAUAGUAUGGAAAAAUGGUUAAUUGGUAUGCUGGGCGAAUUGCAAGAUCUUAAUGAAAUUGUUGGUGACUAUGCUGUUUUACAAGAAAAACAAAAUAAAGCUAAGGAAUUAUAUGAAAUCAGGAAUAAAAAGACUCCAGCUUUUGAAGAAUUUUUAAGCCUUGGAGAGAAACUGUAUACGCAUACUAGUCCGGAUGGAAGGGAAAUUAUUCGACAAAAGAUUAGAAAGAUAAGAACAUUGUGGGAUAGUUUUGGAGAUAGUUUUCAAGAGACGGUUAACAAGUUGGAUCAAUGUUUAUUACAAUUCUCAGAUUUUUCACUCGCUCAGGAGCAAUUAACUAAAUGGUUAAAAGAUGUGGAAAGAGCAAUGCAACGUCAUACGGAGUUAAAAGCAUCGCUAGAAGAGAAGAAAGCACAGUUACAAAAUCAUAAAAUAAUGCAUCAAGAAAUAAUGACCCAUCAACAGUUAGUCGAGUCAGUCUGUGAUAAAGCACAACAAUUAGUUGAUCAAACACACGAUGCUUCUUUGAAUAUAUAUCUUCAGUCUAUAAAGCAAUUAUUCCAAAAUAUUGUUACUAAAUCUCAAAAUCUGCAAGAUAAUUUAGAAGACUGCGUUAAAAGGCAUGAAGAUUUAGUACGUCUCAUUCAACAAUAUAAAGAAUGGUUAGGAUCUCAAUCUGAAAAGCUGCUUGAUAUUGAAAAUGCCACAGGAGAAAAACCUGAAAUUAUUAGAAAACUGCAUUCAGCAGUUGCUUUAAAAGAUAUUGAAAAAAUAGGUUCUAAUAAAUUGGAUGAAAUACGUAAUGUCUUUUCGUCUGUUAGUAAGAGUACAUCAGAAGCAGGAAAUACAACUAUUAAAACCGAAAUUGAUAAUUUACAUGAUCAAUUGCGGAAUAUGGUUAAUGGUAUCAUAGUUUCAGAACAAAAAUUGAAAAAUACUUUGGAAAUAUGGAAUAAGUUUGAUUUAUCGAUAGAACGCAUUACCGACUGGCUCAAGGAUAUGGAAUCUAAAUGUCGUGAUCAAAGUCUAUGUUCAUCAUUACAAGAAAAGGAAGCACAACUAAAGCGUUAUGGAGAUUUAAGAAAUGAAAUUAAUAGUAAAGAAAAGGAAAUUGAUGCAUUCGUUGAUGAGUCUCACAAUCUUAUUCAACUCAGUGGAGUUGAACGAUUGAAGCCUCUCGUUACGCAAAUAAGUAGUCGUUAUCAACAAUUACAUUUGAUUUCUAAAGAAAUAGUUAAUCACUGGUCUGAAUUAGUGUCAGAUCAUAAAAAAUAUGUCCAAUUACGAAAUGAAUUAGAUGCGUGGUUAAAACCUUUAGAAGAUCAGCUAUCUCAAAUAGUUACCAAGGAAGAUAAGCUUAGUAUAGAAAGCAAAGGUAAUAAGCUUCAGGUUUUCUUAAUGGAAAGAGACAAUGGAGAACAUAAAAUCAGUAACUUAACAAAUGCGGGAGAUAAAGUUCUUCCUGAAACUGCGGCAAAUGGAAGAGAAAAUAUUCGCACUGAAAUAAGAGCUCUAAGAGAAAGAUGGGAUAAACUAAAUGACACCAUACUUCAACAACAAAAAGAAUACGAAUCGCAGACUCUACAGUGGUCAAGUUAUCAAGAUGUACUUCAACAGACCUUGUCAUGGUUAGAUGAGAAAGAAAAGAUAGUAGACACUGAAGAGAAAGCUGUCUGUAAUUCGGCUCAGGAAAUUAAAUCAAAAUUAUUGAAGAACAAGACACUGUUGCAAGAAAUUUAUUCACAUAAGAGAGUAAUUGAAACAGUGACAGAAAAAGCUAAAAGCGUAGCGGCUACUUUAAAUUCAGCUAAAGGAGAAAGCGACGAAAUGUCCUCUAUAAUUCAGUCAGUAUGGGAUAGGUAUACUGCACUAACAAAUAGACUGUCACUUAUUAUUAAUAAUCAUGAAAGUAACUUUGAAAUUUACCAGCAAUUUGCGGAUCAACAAAAAUCUUUGCAAGAUUAUCAAAAACAUUUAUGGGACCGUCUUCACCUCUUAUCAGACUACACAGGUAACAAAUCAGCUUUACAAGGAAAGUUAUCAAAGAUUCAAGAAUUGUUGGAUGCAAUUCCUACGGGAAAUAACAAAUUAAAAAUUUUGUCUGAUCUAAUAGACAGUAAUGUGGCAAAAUUAUCACCGAGGGGUAAAGAAGGUAUGUCUAGGGAAUUAGGUUUACUGAAAGCCGACUUAGAGAAAUUUACAGCGACAGUUCAUGAUGUCAAACGUGGUAUUGAAGAUAAAAUACAGCAAUGGAUUGAGUUUGACAGUGCGAAUGAUCGCCUACAGCAUUGGUUGAGUGAUACGGAAAUGAGCUUAAAGACUUACACUCCAAAGGCAACAUUAGAAGAGAAAGUGGAUCAACUAAAUAAAUAUCAGGGUUUAUGUAAAGCAAUUGCUAUUCACGAAAAUGAUUUGAGUGCAGUCAUAAAACUGGGAGAAGCUUUGGAUCACGCUAUUUUGGCAAAUUUGAAGAAAACCGAAAACGAUGUUGACAAAAUCACAGAUGAGUUCAGUGACCUCAUUGAGAAUUGUAAUGAUACUAGAAUUACCAUGAAUUUGCAACAAAUGACAUCACGCUUCCAAUCAGUUCAGUCGACAGCAAAAGAGCUUGUAAAGAAAUGUGAACAAGCUGUAAAUGAUCACAAUGCCUAUCAAGAGAAAUAUAAUCAAUGCACAGAUUGGAUAAAAUCAGCACAGCACAAAUUUGAGGAGUCUAAGAAAAACUCAUCAAAUACUCCAGAGGGUAUUAGUAAUAAGAGAGAAAGUCUGAAUGAUUUACUAAGUCAAAGACGGAAUGCUACUCUGUUAGUUAAUAAUACCUUUGAAUUAGGAGAAAAAUUAUAUCCAUCUACAUCUCCUGAAGGUAAAGAACUAAUUGAUCAACAGCUUCAGGAUAUACAACAAGCACUUGACAACUUAUAUGAUAAUAUUACAAAGGCAGAACGGGACCUGGACACGGAGUUGAAUAAAUGGUCUUCUUUCGAGGACAAUCUUAAAAGCGUCCAAAAUUGGCUUACGUUGGCAGAGAAAAAUUUACCUAAGGAAAUUGAACUUAGAUCUACUUUAGACGAGAAACGGAAUCAACUUAAUGUUUACCGUAUAUAUCUACAGGAUGCCAUUGCUCAUUCACAAGACAUCACUAACUUAGAAGAACGUGCUCAAUCUCUUCCUGAUGUUACAAAAGACAUUACAAAAGAUAUUAAUCAGCUUAAGCAGAGACAUGAUACCAUAUUAGCAAGAGCUAAGACUUUCGUUGAACAAUACGAAGCUAUUGUUAAUAACCAUCAGCAGUAUACAAAAGCAGUUAUGGAUUUGCAGGAAUGGGUAGAAGCUACCCACAAUACAGCUGCACUAUGGGGUGAUAUUAAUUUAGAAAGAGUCGCUUUAAGCAGUAAUUGUGAAAAAUUAAAGUCACUGCAACUUAGUCUACCUGAGGAAAAGAAUCGUAUUGAUAAAAUACGUUUAUUAGGUGAAAAAGUAUUGCCCGGAACUAUAAGCAGUGGCCAAGCCAAUAUCAGAAACCAGAUUGAUUCCUCUCAUCAAGAAUGGGAAGGAUUGGUAUCAUUCAUUAAUAAGACAAUCGAAACUUUAGAAAAUAAAAUUCAACAGUGGAAUGAAUAUGAAAAUAUGAAAGAUCAGUGUAUGGCAUGGAUUAGAAAUACAGAUACUCAAAUCCAUGCUGUUGAUUUAAAGGCAACUUUACCACAAAAGCAAGAACAAUUCAAUAAAUUCCAAGAGCUCCAAGGAGAGGUACGUGCUAAAGAACUUGAAAUUGACAAUAUAACGGAAAAGGCACAAAAUCUUUAUACCGGUAUUUUGGGUCCUCGUGGUUCACAAAUAUCGGAUUUAUCUGUCAAAUACCAAACUAUUUCACAAAAAGUUAAGGAUUUGACAAAUAGAUGGCAACAAUAUGUUAAAACUCAUCAAGAAUUUGCAACAAACGUCACUGAAUGUUCCCAGUGGAUCGAAGAAUUAAGAGAUAAAUUAGAUUUCUGUGCUGACUUGAGUUCUUGCUCUCAAGAUGAUUUAGAAACAAAACUAGUACUUAUCCAAAAUUUGUUACUGACAAAAGAUGAAGGAUUUACAAAAGUUCAGUCCCUUGUAGAGCUAGCUCAAAACGUAUUAGCUAAUACGGCACCAGCUGGUCAUGAAGCUAUAAAUAACUCUUUGGUGACUUUACAAGAGCAAUGGUCAGCAUUGUUGUCAAGAAUGAUUGAAACAAAGAGUAUGUUAGAUGACUCAGUAACUAAAUGGGCUGGAUUUUUGGAACAGAUACAAUUGAUAGAAAAAAGCAAUAACUGGCUUGAGAAUAUGUUAGCAGAAUUAACACCAUUCGAAACAUCUAUUCUUGAUAAAAGAGCACAACUUGAAAAACUUAAAGAGGUAGAGGAAAAAGCUCGUUGUGACCGUUUAGAUGUAGAUACAUUGAAAGCUAAAGCUAGUGAAAUGUUAGCUAGUGGUCAACAGAAUCAGGUAGCAUCUCAAGCCCAAGAAACUUUAAAUAAAUUUGAUACACUAUACGACAAGAUAAAAAAACUAUUAGCUGACCGCGAAGAACAGUAUAAAGAUCACAGGUUAUACAAAGAAGCACACGAUGACCUUAUUCAAUGGCUUAGUAGAGCUAGAGAAAAGGUUCCUUCUUUAAAAAGUAAACCAUUGAGUGAUAAACUUGCAAUAGAGAACUCAGUAGCUCCUCUUGAAGCCCUAAUCAAUAAGCAAGCACAAGGCGAAUUAUUACUUGAACAUCUACAACACACGGGUGAGGUUGUACUAGCUAGCACAUCACCUGAUGGUCAAACCAUAAUUAAAAAUGAAAUGAAAGCACUUAAAGAAAGCUUUGAUGAUCUUUUUAAUGAAAUUAAACAGCAAAAGAAUCAGUUGGAAAAUACCGUUAGCCAAUGGCGUGAAUAUAAAGAUGAAUAUGAAAGGUUAUCUGACUGGCUACAGCAAAAGGAAAUUCUUAUUAAAAAUCACAAACUUGCUUUACUUGGUACAGCUAAGGAAAAAGGAGCUCAAGUUAAUGAAGUCAAGGAAAUAGUAGAUCAACUAAACAAAGGGAAAGAUGAUAUUGAUAAUUUCAAUGCUUCAGCUGCUGGUCUACUUUCUUCUCAUUUGGAUACAUACGUUAACAAUCAAUUAAGACAUUUGAAUUCAAGAUACCAGGUUCUAGUAAAUAUGGCAAAUGAUGUUCUGAAGAAGGUUGAAACAAAUUACGAACAACAUCAGAAUUAUGAUGAUAAUUAUGCAAAGACCAAAAAAUGGAUUGAUGAUGCAUGGGAAAUAACUCGUAGUGGAAGUGAAGCAGGUAGUAACAGCAGCAAAGAUUCAUUACAAAAAAGAUUAGAACAAAUAGAAGAUUUAUUAAAACGACGUGAAGAAGGUCAGAAUCUUGUUCAUGCUACAGUAAAUAGUGGAGAAAAGGUGCUUAGAAAUACAAGAUCUGAUGGUAAAGACAAAAUAAACACUGAAUUAAAAGAAUUGCAAAAUGAAUGGGAUCGUCUUGUUAAAAAAAUGACAACAGCAAAAGUACACCUUGAAACUGCGUUACUACAAUGGGCAGAUUAUAGUUCAAGUUACUCACAACUUCAACAAUGGAUCUCAGACAGGGAAGCAAAAUUACAAGAGGUGUGUGAGCAUAAAGUUGCUAAGUCUAAAAAGGGCCAAGACCGUCUCACUGGUCUAACUACAGGGCUUGGUUUAGGUGAAAGGAAAGCCACACUCCGUCAAACAAACAAUAUUGUUCAAGAUAUCGUUUCGUUUGAACCCAUGAUACAGUCUGUAACUUCUAAGGCUUCAGAAUUAAUGCAGCAAGCACCAGCAUCUGAAAUUACUAGCAAAUAUGAAACGUUAUCAAAACAAGCUAAAGAUUUAUAUGAAAAACAGAAAGAAACAGUUGAACAACAUCAAGCUUUUAUCGAUGCUGGUACUGACUUUGUUCAAUGGAUUAGAGCUGCUAGAGAAAGAUUAGGCAAGUGCUCAGAUGCAACCGGCGAUAAAGAGUCAUUGAGUGGUAAAAUUUCUCAACUUAAGGUAUUAGAAAGCGAAUUACCUGAAGGUCAAGCAAAACUACAAAAAGCGCUGGAGCAAGGAGAAAUUUCCUGCGGCCUUGCUGAUAAUGAUGACAGGGAAGAUAUAGAGGAAGAAGUAGCUCUUAUGCAAGAAGAAUACGAUACAUAUGUUGAGCAGCUUAAUAAUACCAAAGCUUUAAUUGAAGGAGGUAUCGUUAAGUGGACAGAAUAUGAAGAACAAUAUAAAGAAGCCUUAGAUUGGUUGUCAAAGACUGAAAAAUUAGUACAGUCGUUUAACAAACUUCAAAAUGAUUUGGAGCAGAAGAAAGUUGUAUUAGAAGAGUUCCAGGGACAUCUGCAAAUGCUGUUCGAUUGGCAAGCUGAAUUAGACAAACUGAAUAUGCGUGCACAAAUUCUUUUAGAAACAUGUGCAGAUACCAGAAUAUCUAACGGUAUCACACAAUUGACAACAAAAUAUAAUGCGUUGCUGUCUCUGGCUAAAGAGGUCAUGAAGAGGCUUGAGUUGCACUACCAGGAACACCAACAACAUAAUGCUCUGUAUGGAGAGUGUCAAGAUUGGUUAGACAGAACACGCGAAAAACUCAACCAGUGCGCUGAUAUACCCAACAGUUUACCAGAAGUCAACAGCAAACUUAACACUGUCAAACUUUUACGACAAUCCUUAGAACAAGGUCAAAACAAAUUAAGGUAUCUUCUAGAACUCAAAGAGAAGGUCAUAAUGAAUACAGAACAAGCGGGAGCAGCGAAAAUACAAGAAGAUACGGAUAAUUUGAAACAAGAGUUCGAUAAACUGAUAGCUGAUUUACAAGAUGUUCGUAAUAAGCUGACUAGUAGAGCUGCUCAAUUUGAUGAUAUUUCUAAGAUACACAAGCUACUUGUCGAAUGGUUGGAUGACAUCGACCAAAAAAUUCAAUCUGAUGAUUCUCUUCUCAAUGACCUGUCGGAGAAGAAAGCAAAGUUGGAAAAAUUCAAAACGUUCAAUAGAGAUAUUGAUUCACAUAGUGAUCUCGUAAAGAGAUUAAAUGAGAGACUUCAGGAGGAUUCAUCUCUGAAGUCUAAAGAAAUAGAAGAUACUUUGAAACGUUACGAUAAUAUCAGAAAGACUGUUAAUGAAAUGAUAUCUAAACUAGCGGAAUACGUGAACUCGCACAUUCAAUACAAAGAGGCGUAUGACAAUUUCUACGAUUGGAUACGGAAUUGUAAGAUAGAGAUCCAACAAUGCUCGGACUCACACGGUGAGAAGGAAGAAGUACAAAAGAAGUUAAAGAAUGUCAACCAAAUAAUAGAAUCUUUACCGAAAGGAGAAGCACUUCUUACCAAAACUAUUAAGCUUAGUGAAGCGGUCUUAAAAACUACUGGUAAUGAAGGCAAGGACAACAUCAAUCAAGAAAUUAAGCAACUUCAGAUUGAGUGGGAGAACCUGCAACAAAUCUGUAAAGACACUAAGAAAUUGCUGGAGAAAUGCAUAUCAGCUUGGUCUGAUUUCUUGGAAACUUCAGAAAAAAUGAGCAAAUGGGUCAAAGAAUUCGACAACAAACUCAAAGUUGUGCAAAAAGUGGAUAAAAUUACACCUGAACAUCUUGAUAAAUGUCGGGAACUGCUAGCAGAAGCUUUGGGACAUAAACAUGUGCUAGAGGAGCUAAAUGAUAGAUGUGAAAACUUAAUGGAGCUAAGCGCUUGCGCUUGGGUUCGUGAUAAGACUGUAAACUUGCAAACUGAAUACACCACUUUAUUAACGAAAAUACAAGGCCUGGUUUCUAAUGGUGAGAAGAACUUAUCCGACCAUACAGAAUUUAUUAAAGCUAAAGAAGAACUUCAACAAUGGCUUGAGACAGCACACGGUACUGUACAAGAUUCUAUUGGUGUUGGUGAUAUUGACACUACAAAAGAUAAGCUUGAGACUGUUAAGUUGGUUAGUAACCGCAUGACGGAAGGACAUCACUUGUUGAUCGUUUUGCAAGAAGCUUUCAAAAAGGCAUUAAAUAAUACUCCACCUGAAGAACAAGACGGCCUUCGUAAUGAUGUUAAGAUAUUGCAAGAAAGUUGGGACCAAUUAAAGAUAGAUCUCAAUUCUAUUACUGCUCAACUCAAAGCUGCUAUUGGUAAAUGGGACGACUUUGAGGAGUCAAAGAAUAGACUCAACCAAUGGAUUAAGGAUACAGAACAAAACUUAGACAAAGUUCCAGCUACCAGCGGUGAACUUGGAGAAAUGAAAACUUUGUUAGAAAAAUACAAACACAUUGAAGAAGAGAUUGACAAAAAGAAACCAGAACUGGAAAGGUUGAAGAGCGAAGCUGCUGAACUGAGUGGAUGGGCAAAGAAACCAGCUGUCAAAGAAUCUGUAACAGAAAUUGAACGUAAAUGUAACGCUUUGAGAGCUAAAUGCGCUGCAAAGAAAGCAGAACUUGAAUCUGAUAUCAAAGAUUAUAAUCAAUAUCAUCAAUCACUACAAGAUACUGAAAAGUGGUUGUUACAGAUAUCGUUCCAGCUUAUGGCUCAUAACUCCUUGUACAUCGCAAAUAGAGAGCAAACUGAGGAACAGUUAGCACAACAUGCUAUUCUUCUAGAUGACAUACAGAAGUAUCGUUCAACUCUUGACGAGUUAGAAGCCAAAGGUCGUGCGCAGAUUGACAGAUAUGAAUCUACUACUCCAUCUAUUAAAGAUACAGUAGGAAAACAAUUGAAAAACGUUAAUGAUAGCCAUAACUCAUUAUUAGCAACAGCACUUCAGAUCGAGCGUCGUUUGCGGGAAGGUCUGGCCAAAUUUAAGGAAUACGAGGACACAUUAGAGAGUAUUUUGAACAAUUUAGAUGAAUGCGAACCAGCUAUAACGGAGCUCGACGUACCUGUAGAUGGUCUAUCUCAUGGUCGUGAAUUGCUGGACAAAGCUAGGGCGUUGCACAACCGCCUGCAAACCGAGAAGAGUCGUCUCUCAGCUGCUGUAGCAGCUUGUUCUGCCGCUGCAGCAUCAGUGUCUCGACCCUCGUCUCCAGCAGACACCGCACCGCUGCCAAUUCCACCCAGGGAGCUCCACGUCCGCGCCCGCCUCGAAGAUCUUAUCGACCAGACACAUGUGAGUGAUGUACACAGCGCCCCACGCCACCAAUCAUUACAAAAGAAUCAGGAAACACCCGACUACAAUGAAAAGUUGUUGGCUUUUGAAGAAAAGGUACAAAGUCACUUGGAGACAUUAGGAGAUGCUGUCCAUAGUAUGGAGGAAGCUAUGAAGCAAGUUGUUGAGAUUGAAGAAUGGAUCACUCUACAUAACGCUUUAGCCCGCGAUUGGCUCGCUAAUCCAUCCAAAUUAAGGCCAGAUGCUGCAAAACAAGAUAUAUCUGCAAUGAAUGAUGCCUUGGUUUCACUUGGAGAAAAGAGGAAUAGACUGCUUACUGAAAUUCCCACUGAAGGCCUGGAAGAUGAAAUCAAUCUAGAAGAGGAGCUGGAUAACUUAGAACAAAAUAUCCUUAAAGCAAUAGAACGUGAAAAGGGCAAUCAAGCUAUUAUUGACAAUUUCCGACACAAAUGCCAAGAGAUUCACGAUUGGUUCGAUUCAGUACUGAAGAAGAUGUGUUUAGCAGAUAAGGGGUCUGGUCUUCCUUGUCCACAAAAGCUGAGUGCACUAAAAGAACUUACAUCCGAAUUUGGACAAGCUGGCAAAGAAAAAGUAGAGAACAUUAAAUCUGUUGGCUCACAAGUUAUCAACAUCGUUAGUAACUUGGAAUCUCAACAAGUGGAAGAGCAAAUGAAAUCCGUCGAAAGAAGAUAUAAUGAUAUAGCUAAGCGUAUUCAACGUAAAUUACAAAUGCUUGAAAUUACAUACAAAGCUAUUGAUGGUACUAAGAGUGAAGUUAAUGCUCAGAAUGAAUGGAUGCAAAAGGAGAUCGACAACAUUGUCCAUCCUGAACCACUUGGUUAUGAAAGCAAGUCAGUGAAAGAACGACAAAAGAAGGUAGCUAACUUAUUAAAAGAAAAUGAUGGUAAGAAAACAGUUAUUGACUCCUUGGAAAAGAAAGUGAGCAACAUUCAAUCAGAACUUGAACCUUCUGAACAAUUGCAAUUAGAAUCGGAGUUAUCUGAACUAGCUUCCAAACAAAAACAAUUGGCUUCACUAAUUAAACAAGAGAUUGAAAGACUUGGUAGCUGUACUGAAGAUAGGAAAAAGCUGGAAAAUGAUAUUGAAAAAGCUAAGAAUUGGUUAAAGGCCAAAUUAGCAGAGAUUAAGAAGUUAGGUGGGCCAGUACCGCUGGAAGUAGCUAAAGUUGAAAAAGAAAUUGCCGUUCAUAAGAAGCACCAAGGUGAAUUAUCAGAUUUCCACAAUGAUACACUAAAUGAAGUCAUACGCCAAGGCAAUGCUAUAUCAAAAGAUUGCUCAAGUGAAGACAGAGCUAAACUUCAAAGCAUAUUAGAAGAUUUAAAUAAACAGUAUACCUCAGCGAAGGUUGAUAUUGAUGACAAACUUGCUGCAUUAAAUAAAUUAUUACAAGGAAGGACCGAUUUUGAAACAGAAGUCACUAAAUGUCAGAUUUGGCUAAAUGAGGCUGAGGUAGCAGCCACCCCUGAAUUACGUACUACUAGUCUUCAACUGUUAGAAGAACAACUGGCCAAGUUCGAAAAAUUAAGCAAAGAAGCAGAGGACGUAGAAAAGAACAUAAACAAAAUCAAAGACAAAUCUAAAGACAUCCUGGACACUCUGUCAGAUUCAAACAAACUACAGCUUAAAGAACAGGUUAAUAUUCUUUCUGAUAGAUUUGCAAGAAUCAAGGCCAUAAUUAAUGACAAGAAAAAUAUUUUAUUGAAACACAUUAAAGAAUAUAAAGAUGCUGCAGCUAAAAUUGCUGCUGCUCUUGAGUUCUUACAUGAAAUUCAAAAUAAAUUAAAAGCUUUAAAUAAACCUAUUGGUAGCAAAGUUGAAGAUGUUCAACCUGUUAUACAGGCUUACGAAUCAAUUCUGGCGGACCUGAAACAGAACAAAGCAAUGCUUAAUGAGUUACAAGGUGGCAACUUGCAUGAUUUACAAGAUAUCCUUACACAACAAGAUGAUUUAAUGAGCACUAUUGAAGAUCAAAUAUCAAAAUUAAAACAACUACUUUUGCUACGAGAACAAUUUUUCUUACUUAUUAAAGAAAUUGAGGACUUCAUUUCCAAAUAUACAGAUCUCACAGCCGAAAUUGAGAAAUCGAAUGACUCGAUUGAAGAUAAAAUUAAGCGUUAUGAUGAUAUUAUAGGAAAAAUUCAGGGCUGCGAGGCUUUACUUGCAACAGCUACUGAUAAGGGCCAACAAAUUGCUGCAGAAGGUACAGUUAUCGAUAGAAAUAACAUUACGGAAUUAUUACAAUCUUUAAAACAACAGCUCCUAACUCUAAGAAGGACUGUAGAGUCUAAACGUCAAGAACACGAGAGAGCUGCAGCUGAACAUAAAAAACUCGCUGCAGAUUUAUCUGUUAUCCUACAAUGGCUUCAUGAUAAUGAGGCUGCAGUACAUUCUCGUCCUCUUCUUAAUCGAGAUGUUGCUAGUGUUGAUAAAAAACUGGGUGAACAUACUACAUUAGCUAAAAACAUUCAAUCAUAUUUGGAUAAACUAACCAAGAUUACAGAUAUAAUUAAGAAUGAUGAUGGCGUUCCUGGAUCAUUAUUAGAAAUGGUGUCCGAAGCCAACUCAUUAAAGACAUCAUUACCAGCUGAGCUCGCUAACCGGGAAAAAUAUUUGCAAGAUAACAAGAAAAAUAGGCAACAGUACAUACAACUGGUAGAAAAACUUAACAUUUGGGUAAAUGAAGCUGGAAUUAGAUUAGAUAUGGGAAACAAUGGCACUGACUUUGAAAACAUCGAAGCUGAUCUAGAAGAGCAUAAAUCAUUCUUCAACAUAUCCGAGCCAGAAAUGAAGGAUUUGGUAGGAAAACGUAUGCAAGACAUCGUAGAUAAGAUUUGGCCGUCUCUAGCUGCUUCAGAACAAGAAGAAUUGUCUAAGGAUCAUCAAAAACAUAACCAACUCUUGAAAAAUACUUUGAAUUCAUCAAAAUCUCGUCAAGCACAACUGGAACAGGAUCUUGAAAUCUGGAAAGACUUCUGUCAGUUGGUGGAGAAGAUAAAGGCUAUCCUUGAUAAAAAUGAUAUUCAAGAGGAACCUAUCACCUCCGUAGACAGUUUAAGAGUACACCUUGGGAAGCUGAAUCACGCCAAGAAUGAUUUAGAGAACCAACAGCCGCUCCUGGACGUCGUUCGGGAGCGGGGCCGAGAGCUGUGCAGCGGCGCUGAUGCAGCCAGUGGAGAGCGUGUGGAACAGAGGAUCAGAGAACUCACUGACAGAUGGAACGUCGCCUGUGAAGGUCUAGCGAAGCGAACAGCAACUGCUGAUCACCAACUUCAGCGCUGGAACCUUCUCCAGGACGUCCAAAGAAGCCUAGCAGCGGCCAUCACAGCAGCCUCUGACAGGUUACGGCAACUCGAUGCCAAUCCUAGUACCAGACGCAAGGCGCUGGACACAAGGCAUACCUUACAGGAGCUGCAAAAUGAAGUAUCAAGUUUAGAAGAGACAAGAGACGAGCUUCUAGAACAUGCAGACUUUGUCAUUAGCCUCUUGAAGCCGCAUUCUAAGGAACACGCUGGCGAAGUAGAGACGAACGUCAAAGACCUAGUGGAAGCCUAUGAAAAAUUGCGACAAACUAUUGCGGCGAGGCUCGCGGAGAUCGACAAAAUAGUGUCCGAAUUCGACCGUGUGUCGGAGAGGAUUGACGAACUCCGACAACUGAUAGAGGUUUCUAUUGCUAAAGUAAAAACUUUCUACGUAUUCGGCGAAGACGAGACCGAGGGUGUGCGCGCUCUCGCCAAAGAAGUUUCGGAUUUAGUCGAGCGUACGAAGAACUUCACCGAGGAAAGCAGGCAACGUUACGGCGGUUCAGCUCCUGCAGACGUAGCACAAGACUUGUCCGCAUUAGAACUGUCAUCUGAAGCAUUAACCGCGGCUAUGGAGGAAAAAGAAAGGGAGUGGAAACGAGCCCGCACUGCUCGCUCGGAGUACGCAACUGACGUUGAGGAUGUACAAGCCUGGAUCCGUUCAGCAGAGCUGACUGCGAGAGAUCGCACCCUACCUCCAGAACCGUACAGAGAACGCCUGGUGGCUACCAGAUCUGAAGUGCCAAAUAUUGCUGAUCGUGUUGAGCGAUUGACACGUAAUGCUAGAGCUAUAGUCGAGGGCAGCCGUGAUGCUGGAGAGCGACAAUUAGUUCAGUCCACAGUGGCUGCGCUUUCUGAACAGUUUGCAGCUGUUUGCAGUGAAUUGGAAGGUCGACAGGCAGCCGUGGAAGACGCCUGUGAUGCUGUAGCUAGAUUCCUCGCAUUAUUGGAGAAAGUAUUACUUUGGGUGGAAACACAACGUGCUUUCCUAGCGCGGCCACUCCCAUUGGCCGACUUGCAGGAGACGCAACAAAAACAGACUGAAUAUGGGAAUGCGCUCAAGAGUUGUAAGCAGCAAGCAAAGAAUCUUGCUGAUAUGGCCAAAGAAAUUGAAACAAUUGAACGCGUUACAAGUCCAGGGGAUCUCCCUUCGAGGCUCGAAGCGGCGGAAAAUGCAACAGUUGAUGUUGAAAAGAAAUUGGCGAAGAUUAAUGGUUUAUUACAAGAACUGGCAGAAGAGUGGGAGAGAUGUGAGAAGAAAUUGAAAGAUGUUGGGCACUGGCUAGAAGCAACAGCGAGAACACUAGAGACACCGCAAAAUGCAAAGAAACCUCUCAGAGACCGGCUUGCUUUUAGAGAGAAACUCAUAAAUGAUAUUUCUACACAAAAAACAAAGAUUUCAUACGCUGUCGAAAAGCUUAACGUACACUUUGGUCCUGACGGCGUGGCGGCGCAGUCCAGAGGACCAGAGGGCGUAGAAGCUGCCGCGAGAGAACUAAUAGCCUCUCUGGAUAUGCUUGGCGCGCAGACCGGCUCUCAAGCACAGCAGCUGGCAGCAGCGCUAGCACAAGUAGAAGCUUACUGUGCCGAUGUCGCGCGGUUACGAGCUCAAUUGCUCGAAGCUGAACAGCAACUACGACACGCUACCCAGCCCAACUACAGCCCUCGUGACCCCGACAGGGCGCAGAGACAACAACAGGAGGUCACCCGGCGUAUCGAAGAGCUGACUCGGUCAAUCUACGCGUUGGACCCGUACUACGUGAUGCCGCCAACAUCGUCCGAGGCUGCGGACGAGUCCGUGGCCACUCUGUCAAUGCUCGUGUCAACGGCCGACCGUGCGCGUGCCAUCCGGCGCGCGCGCUCUCCUGAGCGCCGCGACCGCAAGAAACCGGCACACGCGCAACUUACGCAACUCGCGACCCUUGAUGUACCAGAAAAAGCACCAAGAGCACGUAGUCCUGCUUGGGUCCUUGGAGGAACCACUUAUGCCGAGAUAGUCAAGGGUUUUGGCUCGAGAUCCAGCUCGAUUGCAUCGAGACAUCCCAGCGCACAAAGACAAGCCAGCGCUCAGAGAGGGCAAUGUGAAUCGUACAGCCGACCUGAACGAAGAAGCCCAUCAGUCGAUGAAAACGUGUAUCGAAGUGAAAGUAUUAGUGUACUCGUGCAACCAUGUGUACAGUGUAACCCCUCAGAUGAUAAGGUUUACGAACCCAGUAAAGGGUAUAGUGAGUCUCAUAUGUAUGAAAACAUUAGUGAAAGUGGACCAUUUAGGGACAAGGUAAAUAUUUAUUACGAUGAUUAUGUCCCUCAAACUAUUACUCAGAAUAUACCAAAUUAUAUUCCCCAAUACCAAGAACCUCCUAGAGUAGAAAUAAAACCAAGGAAUACUUCGGAAACAUACAUUCAUGCACAAAAAGAUAUACCUGAUCAAACUGUACUGGUUCAUUCAAAUAUAGACUUAGGGUCUCUUGAAAUAGAGGAAACAUCUUCAAGUUCUCCAACACAAAAUCGCGCACAGGAUUUAUCAUAUGCAAAAAUAUUGGCUCUUGGUUUAGGUAAACAAACAAAGACACAAUGUGUUACGCCAUUACCAAAACCACAGGUAGCACAAGUGGAAUUAGUUAAAGCCAUUGUAGUGGAAUGCAUUGAAAAAAAACCACUUACUGUUCAACCAGAGCCAAAAGUUGAGCGCAGGGAUUUAUCGAGGUCAAAACUUGAACGACCACAACGAAGUCGUUCUAGAGAUAUGCCAAAACAAAAACGUGCAUCUGAAAAACGACCCACUAGAGCUCAUGAUGUACAAAUUAUGAAGAAGAAAAAGACUACAAAGCGAGUCAUCGAAGUUCAAGAAUUUGAAGAUGUUCCAGAAAUUACACAAGACGUAGAAUACAUUAAACCUGCUGUAAUUCAAGCAUCACCUAUUUUCUCACGUGAUGAAAAUCGUAUUCCAGAAUCUGGAAUUAAGGAAAAUACAAAAAAAAUACAACACAGUCCUACAAUAGUAGAAACUGUAACGGAAACUUUUCUGGUAGAAGAACCUAUGGUAGAUGAAACUACAGAUGAUAGUGAACAUAAAAAAUCGAAAAAGAAGCACAAACACAAGAAAUUAAAAUCUCCUGAAGACGAAAUACAAAAAGCCCUUAAAGAAAUAGAAGAAUCAGUUAAACAAAAGAAAAAGAAGUCAAAAGAGUCUCUUCAUAACAUCAAAGAAACGACUUCUAAGUUCGUAAUGGUAGAGACAUCUCAUUCUCAAUCGAAUCCAUCCGUAGAAAUACAGUUAAUAACUGAAUCGGAAGGAGUAACAAAGCAUAAAAAGAAAAAAGGAAAUAAACAAUAUGAUUCAGAAGCAGAAUCUCAGGACAUAUCUGAUAUAAAGCAAAAAGAAAAUAAAAAUAAAGCAGAAGAAGAUAAUGUUGAUGUAACUACUGUUUCCACUGACUGUAAAAUCGAAUCAUCUACGAUAAUAGGAAAUAUUUCUAAGGAUUCAAUGGAAGUAACUACAGUAUGUGAUUACAAAGAUAAUGCGCCUAUUUCAGAAGAUACAAUAACAAAUAUCAAACAGACGAAAAAUAAACCUCAAAAGGAGAAACAAAAACCAAUAGAAAUUAAUGAUAAUAAAAUCAUAAAUUUAAUCGAGGAUUCUCUAAAAACUCAAGAUAAAGUAUUACCGAAAUCACCCGAUAUACUCGACUCUGCAAUAGAAGAUAAAGAUAUUCAAAUUACAAAACAAAAAAAGAAAAAGAAAAACAAGAAGAAUGAAAAGGUUGUAGAAAAUAUUUUGUUAGAUAUAAUAGAAUCUUCACCGUCUUCAAUAAAGAGCCCGCUGGUUGAUGAAGACUCUAAUACAAUAGAGCAAGUAGAAAAGGAUUGUUCAACUAAAAUCUCUGUUGCUGAAGAUACUUGUAUGAUCGAUGAAAAUGCCACAUCUAAAAAUAUAAAAGACGAUGAUUGUUCUGAAGAAAUUAAGUCUCAAAAGAAAAAAUCUAAAUCUAAAAAAGCUAAGAAAGUAGACAAUGAUAUAGAAAGAGCAUUAAAAGAAAUUGAAAUGGCAGAAACAUCAAAGAAAAAAGUAAAAGACAAACAUUCAAAGAUUAAUAAGCAGAAAGUUGUCCCUCAGACGGAACUAGAAACCGAUAUUGAAAAUAAAGCAGAGAAAAAUACAGCAUCACUACAUAAGGAAAGUACAAAGGAUGAACGAACAAAAAAAACUGAAAUUAAUCCAGAAAAUAUUAUUACAUUGGAUUGGAAUACAUUAAUGGCAGAAGAAGAAGGAAUUUCAGAUGCUGCAUAUGAACCAAUUUUAAACCAACCAGAUUCAAAAAUUAGUAUAGAUACUACUACUGGUCAAGUAGCAAGUGAAGUGACUAUACUCCAAGAAACUCAAGAUUUUAUGUUGGAAGAAAAAUCAAAUAUUCUUAAAGAUAAAUGCAUGGUAUAUUCGUCAGAUAUACUGCAAAAAGAAAAUAAAGAUAAUGAAAAAAUAAAUAUUUUACCUUUAGAGCAGACUACAGAUAUGAUUGAAAGUGAUAGUAGCACUAAUAAACCAUUUGAAACAAAAGAAGAAGUUGUAAAAGAAGAUAUACCUUCUAGUGCCCAAGGUUUUAUUAAUGAACAAAACAAUAAUGAUAAAUUUUUCUCUGCAGAAACGUUAAAGGAAGGUUCAAUCAAUAUUGUAGAACAAGUUACUAGAUAUGAACCGUUAGAAAAGGAUAUAGAAACUCGUACUAUAUAUCUUAUAACGCACGAAGAAAAGAAAUUACCACCAAUAAGGACGCUUAAAGUAUUUAGCAGUAAGAAUAACUCAUUAGAGGAAACUCCAAAUGAAGAGAAUAUUCAAGUCGCUGAACAAAUUGCAGGCAAUAACAAAAUCACUGACGAAAAGUCUUCCAGUAGUUUAGAAGAAGUAGUUAAAACUGUUAAUAUAACAACAAGUUCGGAUAUAAAUGUAGCCGAAAGUAGUACUACAAAAGAAAACUCUUUAUUAUAUGAUAAGGUAAUUCGAAAUGAAUUAUCGUCAAAGUCUGUUGAUACAGCAAUUGAAACAAAACCAAAUGUUUCAAUCAAUGACAAUACAAAAGAAGAGAUACCAGAAACUGAUUUCAAGAGAGAGACAAUUAAAAACGAUAAUAAUAAUUUAUCGGAAAUUGAAACUGUACUACCUAUUUUGCUGCCUGAGGAAAAGGAAAUUACUGAAAUAAAAUCUAAAAGUAGUGUAGAUACUCCGUGUGAUGAAGCGAUUACUAAUGUAUUUCAACUACCAAAGACAUUACUAACGCAUUCAGCUGAAAAAUUAGAGACAGAUGCUGAAAAUGAAUCAAGCAGUGUACUAGAACCAGUAAUUUUCGGUUCAGUUCAAGAUCGAAAUAGGUAUACUGACGAAAAAAGAGACAAAUGUUGCAAUAUACCAUAUAAAGCAUUAUUAGAUGAAAUUAAAACAUAUUCAUUUGAUUUAGACAUGUACGAAACAGAUUAUCAAUAUUAUUUGCUAACAAAACAACUGAAGUUAGAAGAAAAGGAGGAUGAUUUAAAUAUGCAUAUUACAACAGAAGAAAUAUUUUCUCCUGAAAUUGUGAGUCCCUCUAUCCCUGAAGAUACACAUGGGCAAGAAAAUGAGAACAUUUUGAAUAAUAAACAUUUAAAAAAUCAAGUAAAUGUACUUGUUGAAGACUCUGUAUCAGGUCAUAAUUACCAGGUAUUACGAGAUGCUGAAUGUACUCUUGCCAAUAUAGUAUCUCGAAAUAGUUCAGUAAAUAUAGCUGAAAAUAAAAACAACAUCCUAACGAAUGUUGAUUAUAUGAUAGAUAUAUCUACAAGUAACAAAAAAGAUGAGCCUAUUGAAAAGUUGACUGAGUGUAUAGAACCAGAUACAGGUCUUUACUUAUAUUCUGAAGAAGCUGUGUUAUUAUCUAAUGAGACUACAGUUGAAUCUUGUAAUAUUACAAAUGAUAAUAAUGUUACAACUAAUAGUGAUUCUAAACAGAUUGGCAAUAUGGAUGAUUCUGUAGCAAACAACUUGUCUGUUGCAGCUAUAAUACAAGUUAAACCUAUAAUUAACAAUGAAGAAGGAUUAAUUCAUUCUAAUGUCUUAAUUCAAGAAAGACCACGUUUUACUUAUCAUGAAAUAAAUGACGCUGAAAUUACUUUUGGUUAUAAAAUGACUGAAUUAAAUGAAACGAAGAACGAACUAGCACACGAUAUAUGCUUAGAAGUAAGUGCAAUACCUGUGGCAUCAAUUCAAAAUAAUCAAGAAUGUUGUGAACUUGAUGGGUAUAGUUUGCACAAUGAUAAGAUAAAUAACCUCGGAGAAACCACGUCUAAAGUACUCAUCCCAACCGUUAGUGACAAACAACAACCAGAAAUAUUACAACAAGAUCUCGCUCCUAACAGAGUAUUGUCGCCUACUAGGGAUCUAAAGGUGGAUAACUCAGAUCAUGAAACUGAAAAUAAAAUCGGUAACAAAAUAUUUGAAGAAAUUGACAUAAAUCAACGUGGGCAAAUAGAUUAUGAAGUACCGCCACAAUUUAGUUAUCAUGAAAUCAGUGAUGCAGAGAGUAGAUUUGCACUUACCCGUGUUAUAGCUGAAACAUCGGAAUGUAACAUUGUGUUGGAAAACAGUAAACCCGAAUAUAUUAUUGAUAAUGAAAAAGUAUCGUCUGAACCCGCUUGUACUAAUGAAACCAUAAAAGAUAAGAGUGAGAAAGAAAUUUUACCAGAAAUGAAAUCUACACAAGUGUAUGAAAUUCCACGUCAUAGUUAUCAUGAGAUUAAUGAUGCUGAAAGUAAAUUAGCUUUACGCAGUAUCGAAGUCAUCGAAGAAAAGAAACAAGAAGAACUACAAAUUCCAUUCGAACUUCAACAUGAAAUCUUAUCUAUUUCUAAUGAAAAUCCUAAUGAUGAUACCUGUGUUCUAAAAACUAUCGACGGAACGUUACAAUCUACUACAACAGACAUUUCUAAAAAUAAUAAUGUUACAACUGCCUCUGAUACAAUCAUAUACAAGAGUAGUGAUUCAGCAUUAAUACAUGAAUUAGAAGAUGAGACCCAAUCUGAUAAAUCAAUUAAUUGUAGUUUCUUAUCUCAAGAUCAACCUCAAUUACCUGGACUAUCCACCGAAGUAAAUAAAACGAUAUCCACUGAUUCUAAAUUACUAAUCAAAGAGCAAAUCUCAACUGCUGUUGAAACUGAUGAUACAAUUAUAAUAGAUAACAACAUAAAAAACACAUUACAAAGAGAUCCGAAAAAUAAGAUCGAAACGGAGAGCAAAAUAGAUACAUUACUAGAGAUUGAACAAAAUCCAACUCUUCAAAAUGUUGAUGUGGUAGAUCAGUCAUCUAAAAUAUUACCUCAAACUGAAAACACUUCGUUACUUGAAAUUUCACUACAAGAAAAUACGUUGUGCGAUUUUGAUAAUUCUUUCAAAAUUGAUAACAUUGAUAAAACACUUGUGCCUGUGGUAUUUGGUAAAACAGCAACAGAAGACGUUGCUGAAGGAGACAAAAAAAUAUGUACGCUUCCGACACUUGGAAAUUCUGAGCCUUCAUUAGAAAUACCCACCGAAGACGCAACUGAGACCUAUGAGUCUUGUGUAAAAAACGUGGAAUUAGUGGGCAUUUCAUUUCAACCACAUGACAAUAUAGCCAUUAUUGAAGAGUCUAAAUCGGAGCCUAUAUCUAUCUCAGCUAAUACUACAGAAACUGAAAUCAUGCAUGCCCCUAGUUCAGCCAAUGUUAUAUCUAUUGAUAAACCGGAUGUAUUAGAUUUGCAAUCUGAAAGUAGUGAUACAGUUGAUUAUAAUUUAGAUGUUACUCGAUCAGCGCCAAAUAUAAUACCUUUAGAUGAUAAUAUAACUGAAGAUAAAACUAACAUUUGUGAAGGCAAUUCUAAAACUGAAAUAUAUCAAAAACCCGAAAAGUCUCCAAUACAUAGUUUGCACGAUCUUCUUCCUGAAAUAGACUCCAUUCCUGAGUUUAAGCCUUUGUAUUCAAAUACUGUAAUUUAUUCGAAUUUGUCGGCUGAUGCUCCAGAAUUUACUCCAUCUUACAUGUAUCAGACCAUAAAAAGUACUGUAUCUCAAAAUAAACCAUUUAAUCAAAUCAAUGAUGAUAUAAAGAAAGAACAAGCAGAUAUAUCCAAAUCUGUAAAAAGUAUCGAGGAUCUAAAUACGUCAACAACUACAGAAAUAAACAUUGAAAUGAUGACUACCGAUAUUCCUGAUACUUUACCAUCGACUACUGAAAAUAUUGAAAGUCAGAACCAAGAUUCUCCAAUCAUUACAACGAAUGUACCAAUAUCUGAGUCAUAUAUAUUAUCUGAAGAAACUACGCAAGGAGAACAAAUAGAAACUAAAUCAAAACGGAACAAGAAAAAGAAAAAAGACAAGAAACGGCCAGAUAGUCCUCAAAGUUUUGCAUCAGCUCGGCCGACAUUAUCGCAGGACCCUAAAGAAAUUUUAGAACCAGUGAAUGUAUGGCUAAAAAGUGCAGAAGAAGGUAAAUCUUAUGCUGAAGUUGUAGCUGAAGGGAAGUUUUUAAUACCUGGAGUUAUACAAGAAACAGAGGUAUUACAAAUGCCUAAUCAAGUACAAUUCAGUACUGUUGAAGAUGAAAGAAAACCCCUUGCGUUAGAUAUAGAAGUAGAAAAAACAGAAAAUAUUCGAAAUGAUAGUAAUUUAGAUUCUUGGGCAAGAAUUGUGGCAGUUAAUCGUCCAUCUCCUGAAAGAACCCAGAAAAUACAAGAACAGUGUGACCUAGCUGUACCUUCUUGUAAACAAACACCCAUGAUUUUCGUAGAUAAAUCUGAACACGAAGUACAGAAAAUAGAAAAAGAAAUAGAUUCUGAAGGAUUUAUCACAGUGGACAGACACAGAAGAUCUAGGUCUCGAUCUCGAGAUAACCGAUCACAGGCAACACUUGUUACAUCUGAAAUAAAGGAACUACGGGAUAAAUCUGAAAACAGGUUUGAUGCCCUUACAGGGACCUUUAAAUCAGAUGAUAUUGAACCAAUUGAAAGUAAUUUAGUAGAAGACAAAACAUCCAUAAUAAAGGAAGGAAAAGGGAGGAUACAUCGUUCUUCUAAAUCUAUAGAAAAGGAUGUUAAGAAAAUCGAUAAUACGCAAAAUACAUCAAAUGAAGAUAAACAAAUUUCUAAAAAAGAUAAAAAGAAACGUUCUUCUAAAUCGAAAACAGCUGCAUCACAGGAUGAAAAGGCAGGUGUAACUGAAAAAAAUGAACCUCUUGAUUCAAUCGAAGUCGAAUCUGAUAAUAUAACUAAGGUGCAUACAGAAAUUAAGCAUGACAUAAAAGAAACGAAAACUAAAAAUAAAAAGAAGAAAAAACAUCAUAAGUCUGAAAUUGACUUGCUUGAUACCACCGCAAGUUCCGUUCAAAUCACUGAUACCCCUGAUCAUGAUAAUUUUAAGUCUUUACCUUUAUCAUCUACAGAAUUAACGAAAUCUUCUAGUAGUAUCACUGAUGCUAAAAUAAUCGAGGAAAAGAAAAUUGAUGUUCAGUUUACCAGCAGUUCUCAUCCUGAAGUACCUAAGCCAUCUAUUUCUUCAACUGACAGUUCUUACGUUAGUGAAAUUCAUAACCCAGUAAUUGAACUAUCUACUCCUCCAAUUGUACAAUUAGAGCAUGUUAUUGUUUCGGAACCCGAAAUUACAAAAGAACCCAAUUUAAUUAAGACUGCUCCAUCAACGCCUGAAUGUUUACAAACACCAGUUAAAGAUAGAGUUUAUUCAGAUGCACAAUACUGGAAACAUGACCCUAGUGGCGUAGAAGAUUUAAGUGAUUUGUCGGAGGUAAUAAAUAUAGAAGUCAUUGAAUCAAUUAAAGAACCUUUCCAGUUCAAGGAAAAUGAUAGUUACAGUACAGAAAAAUAUGUCGAAACAGAAGAAAUGGAAAUAGAAAAAGAUGCAAUUAAAGAACAUAUAAUAACGGAAGAGCAGUCGCUUGAAAAUAAAAUGGCUGACUUACAAAGAGAAAUAGAAGAAAGACUUCUUCCUGAAAAAGAUUCUUCCUUAAUUGACAAUGAGUUAUCUACAAGUCCAGACAACAUUAUUGAAACAUCCGCAGAAACUCAAAAUUAUUUACUAGCAUUGACUACUGUAAACCCCGAGGUGGACAUAAUAUCUCAACAAAAAUUGCUGUCAGAUGAUAGCAAAACUAUUAACACAUCAGUACUUACUGAAGACAAUAAGUCAUCAUAUGAGAACUUACAGGAAAAACAUAUUAGUGAACAUAUGAUAGAUUCAUUGCUUGCAGAUUCAGAGUGUGAAUCAAUCUCAUUCUCUGGAAAAUCUGAAAAUUUGACUGAGUUAACUAUUAAAGAUGAGUAUAUAGUUCCUGAAGUAUUGAAAGAAGAAAAUGUAGACACAGUUCAUAUUGUUGAAACUAGCCCUAUUAAUAAGACCUCGGAAUCGUCAUCUAUUUUAACUACUAAUAUUCUACCAUCUACUAAUUUACCAUGUCUUUCACAAGAAAAAUAUUGGACGGAAAAAUACGCUAUACAUGACGCGGAACGGUUAUUGCAUGAACAAAAAUCAGAACAAAAUCUUCCUCCUGUAACGCAACAAAAUUUCGAUUCCGUAAUCGAAAUUGAAACUCAAACGGCUGCUUUAAAUUUAAAGGAAAAUCUUAAAAAUGAUACUACAUUUUGGUGUGAUAAACAUUUGUAUCAUGAUGCGGAAUAUCGACAUUUUCUUCUAAUGGCUAGCAAACCAAAAACUCCUGCAACUAAGAACGUAGUUGAAAUAAUUGACCGUGAUGAUAGAGACAAAGACCCGAGCGGCGGUUCAGGCCACUCCUCCGAAUCUGAGGAGCAGAAAGAUUCUUGUGAUUCACCUUUUGACUCCAAUUACAUAUCCAUGGAUUUACCCGGUGGUAUAUGUAGUUGGAAAGAUAAUAGUUCUUACUUAAGUUUAGAGACUCCGACUGAAUCGUCAACGGGUCUUGUCAGUGAGGAUACGCCAAGGAUAGGGACAGACAUUCUAGAGGAUAUACUAACAACCUCAACCCUAGAACCAGUUGCCCCAUCCCCACCUCCACAGGAACCGGCGGACGGAGAAACACACCAAAGGACAAGCAAGGAUGAAUUGUCUAAUGAUAUUGAGAGUCUUCUCGAGGAAGUGAAAACUAUACAAACAAGACUGUCCGAUUUGCCAGAUGAGAGUCUACACGCUAUGGAAGAUGGUCUUAGGGAGGGCAUCGAAGUUUUAGUCAAAUGCGAAGAAGCAGCUGAAAUGCUAGAAUCCAAGAUCAUGGAGUAUCGCCAGGAACAAGAAGUCCAAACUCUAUUAAAAGAAUUGAUAAUUAUUAAAGCUAGAAUUUCAAAACUUCUAACACAGGCUCGACAGGGGCUAGACGUCAUCCAGGUAAGAAAGGACGCAAAAUUAGAAAUGGCACGGCAAGCGAAAGAUAUUGAAGAGGCAAGAGAAAAGAUUUCCAAACUAGAUAACUGGCUUGAAGGUAUAAAUACGGAACUAAAGGAAUCUAAUAAACAGUAUGACGUACUGACGGAAGAAGAUCUAAUUAAAUAUAUUGAAAUAUAUGAACGAUAUAUCAGAGAUUACGAAGAAUAUGAAAUUAUAUUGAAAUCAAUCAAUGUCAUUAGUCAAGAUGAAUCUAGUCAAGUAUUGAGAGAAAAAUUAAAUGUUACGCAAAAUACAUUAGCUGAUACAAAAAAUCUAGUCACUAUGGAGAUAGAACGAUUAAAGCAGGUAUUACUGCAUAUUCGGUCUGUACCCGAGCCUGAGUUAAUCGAGGAUGAUAUAUCACAAACUGAUAGGACUAUUGAUUCAACAUCAAUGCCAGAAGAAGUGGUUUCACCGAGAGAAAGCGAAAUUUCUCCUGAACGUGAAUCUGUUAAAGAUGUUGAAAUACAGAAAGUAAAAGUAACUGCAACAGCAGAUACACAAACUGGUAAAAGUUUAAUGUCUGAUAGUGUGUCUGUUUCUGACAAAUCUAUUCUAUGUCAGCCAGAAAUAAAAUCUACCCAAGAUAUUUCAAUUACUUGUGCUCCUCCACAAGAAGUUGAAGUUCAGACAAGUGAACCACUUUCUCAAGAAAAAGAAUUACUUGAAAAUAUUCAAGUGCGACAAAUUAUAUCAGACAAUCAUGAAACUAUUGAAAUCGCAAGUCGACCAAUCUUAAGAGAACAUAAAACUGAUGAACAGUCAUUAAUUGUAGACGCUAACUACGUAGACAAUAGUUUAGUUAAAGACACCCAACUAAAUGUAAUACAUAGUCUACCACAGUCAUUCGAAACUGUGAUGGUAGAGCCAGAUGAAACAACUACCGAAGUGGUAGUAGAUGCCGACGGUACAAAGAGGAUAAUUGUGAAGAAAAUCAGAAAGACGUUAGUGACUAGGCAACAAACUUUACAGACUCAGCAACAAAGAUUACAAAUACUUUCAAGAGAGAAUAUUCCAGAAGAUCAAUCGUUUUCACAGAUUACUUUACAUGAAGAUAAAGGAUCUACAUCCACUGCACUAGACGACGGUGGAAUCCAACAUAUUCAGUAUCAAACGUAUGGAGGUCAAGUAUUAUCUAGUCUACCAGGAGGUGAGGUUACAAUACAGGAAUUUACAUCAAAGCCUGACAUAGUAGUAAAAAUGGAACAAGGAAUGAAGCCAGAAGAAAUUCUGCAAAUAGCGGAGGGCGAAAUUCAGCCCCAUAUUCAAACUUCAUCAUCUAGUGUUACAGCUGUAGUUCAACAAGUCACUAAAAGAAUAAUUAAGACUAGACGUCGCAUUAUACGUAGAGUUGUUAUAAUAGACGGCAAAGAACACGUUACCGAAGAAGUAAUUGAAGAACCCGACAAUGUUGAAAUUUUUGAAGAACAAAUACCUAGGGUAGCUAUUAGCGUAAAAGAUCACGGCAGUGUGCAAUUUGAAGAAGUAGAUGAUAAUAAUGAUAAAGAUGAUAAAGACGAUAAUAAAGACAACAGUCAAUAUCCCACAGAUCCAUCCAAUUUGUAUAAAGAUCAUAAAUUACCAAAAGAUCAUGAAUCAAAAACAGGCAGUGACAGCCCAACUACAAGUUUUAAUGCUGCAGAUAUAGAUAAAAGCAAAGCACGGGAAACGAGUCCCAUAGAAGCAGUUACCAUAGUAGAAUCAUCGUCAAAUGAAAAACAAUCACAACAGUCAUACGAUGUUCAAGAACCAAUCGAACCCGAAACUCUUUUAAUAACGGGAGAUACUGAAUAUUCUUCUACAGAAUUAUCUUCAAAUGUUGCAACUGUUGUGCAAAAAAUAACCAGAAAAAUUACCAGAACAAAAAGACGUAUAAUUAAACACAUACAGAUAAUUGAUGGCAAGGAACAUGUCACUGAAGAAAUCAUAGACGAACCUGAUGAUGUAGAAAUUAUAGAAGAGGAGCCAAAAAUUACUCAUGACAUACAAACUGAAGGUGUGAAAACAAAACGUGUAAAAAUUAUACGACAAGUUCAAAUAAUCGACGGUAAAGAACAUAUAACGGAACAAAUUGUAGAAGAGCCUGAUGAAGAUUUUGUCCCUGAAUCUACAGUUACUGCUGAAAUUGAUGUAACUAUAAAUAAACCAACUUCCAUGGUAAAAGACAAAUGUAUACAAAAUAUUGAUGUACCAAAAUCAAAUCAAGAAUUCCUGAAUGAUAGAACACUAGAAGUAAUAGAUGAGAUAUCUAAACCAAUCACUUCAAUGAUAACGAAAGAUGAUAAUUUAGUAAGUGAAAAAGUACAAGAAAAUUUGAAUAAUGAGCCAAUUAAAUCAAUUUCAUCUCAUGACGACAAAAUAUAUGUUACGAAAACUUUGAUUGAUAGUGAAAUAGAGUCAACUAAUACCGAAAAAGAUAAACAAAUUUUCAAGGAGACGGAUGAGGAUCGUGAAACAAGAAUAGAUUCUAAAAAACCUGUAUUGGGAGAUCUAAAAUCAGAUAAUGUAUCGGACAUAAAUAAAGCCAUUCCCACAGAAAAUGUUUCGCAAUCAACGGUAACAGUUUCUCAUUCAAAUAAUGAAAAAGAUGUAUCUGUAAUAAACCUUACUAAAUCUUUGAUCGAAAGUGAAAUGUAUUACUCGACUCCUUUAGUUACAUCUACAGAACCAUGUAUAGAAAUUUUACCUACAAUAACUGCUCAAAAUAUAAUAUCUGAACAAAUUGAAGAAAGUCCAUCAACUGUUCUUAAAACGAUAGAACCUGUAACAGCAACAGAAAGUACUGAUAUUAUAGAAAGUUUGGAAGACGCUCCUUUAAAGGUAACUGAUAUUGGUAAUUUGGAUUCUGUUUCCUUGAAGAAUACAGCAAAGGAACUUAAAGAAAGUGAUUUACCAAUAAUAACCACAGAAAAACAUGAACAACAAAGUGAAAAUAUUCCUUCUAAAGAAACUUCUGAUAAAAAUAUUACGCUCAAAGAAAUAGAACAGUUACAAGAAGAUACAACAAAAUUACCAGUUGAUAAACUUUUACCAACAAAAGAAUUAAUAGAAAAAGAAAAAAUGCAUACCAGUACUGAUACCAUUUUAGAUAAUACGUAUGAUAAGACAUCAAAUCUGCCCACAAAUAUUAUAUUACAUAAAGAACCUGCAGACGAACUUUCUUCAGAAACUCUUACUUGCAUAGAUACAGGAAACAAAUAUGCAGCUACUGACUUACAAAAACAUAUAGCUCCUCAAGAAGAAUGUAAAGAAACAUACUCAGAAACUUUUGUAGAAAUACCACACGAUAAUAUUUAUCUACAAAAACCUAAAGUUUCAAUUGAAGAAGACACAGUGUCAGUUCAGAAAAUAGAUGAACCAUCUUUACAGGAAAUUGAAUCAAAAGAUGACAGUGAAAUACGAGAAGUCGAUACACAAAAAGAAAGUGUAGAUAUUACCAAAAAAAUUACCAGCGACGAAUUGAAAGAAAAACCUGUCGGUUCCACAUUGAGUGCUCAAAAGCCUAUUGAUACUGUCCCAUCAAAAGUAGAUAAAAGUAUUGGCGAAAUUAAGGUAGAAACAGCACCAUUGCAUAUUUCUGUAGAAGUAGAGACUUUGGUAACAGGAAACGUAGUCACAGAAACGGUUGCUUCUUCCUUACCGGGAAUACCUCAAUAUUCUUAUAUUCAUCAAUUUGAAGAUACAGCGAAUAAGUUGGUGGAAUCAUCAUCGUCUGAGAAAAUUCAAGAACCUCUUGAACCUUUACCACGCAAUGAACAAGAAACGAUGCCAUCUGAAAUUCUUGAAUCAAUAGAUACAGCUAUAUCCAGUAUACCAGAUACUAAAAAUAACAUUAACUUGCUUCUUGAAUCAGAACGUCAAGACACUAAUUUGCGUGGAGUUAAAGCUAAAAUACCUUUACCAGAAGAAUCUAAAAUGACUGAGGAUAUAAUAUCAGAUCCUAAUAAAUUAAGUCAAACUGUUGAUAUAUCCAUGUCUAUAGCUAAAAAUAUACCCAAAAAAUCUAAACCUAAAGUUCAAUUCGACAUCAAAGUCGAAGAUUUUAAAUCUGAUCCUACAGUUGUUAAAAAAGACAUUAAUGUAAACUUACCUGUAGAAUUAAAAAUAACUGAAGAACAUGUACCUAUACCUGUAAUAGAUGUUGUUAAAAGGGACGAACAACUUUGUAGUAAAAUUUCCCCUGAAGAAUCAUUAAAGGAUCAUAAACGAAGUAAAAAAAGGAAAAAACGUAAGCAAGGUUUAGGAGAUGAUGAAAAAGAAGUUGACACAGAAACUGAUAAAAGCGUUACUGAUAGCGAAAGCACAUCUUUAAGUCACUAUAUAGAACUUCCAACUUCACCACCUGCUGAAUCUCCAAAACCUACUGCAGAAGUUUUAGAUCCAACUCCCGAACAAGAUUCAUUAAGUAUAGAAUCUGAACUUAUACCAGAAGAAAAAGGCUAUGAACCCGAAGAUGUUUCGGUAGACCCUACUAUUGUACAUGAAAAAAAGAAAAAACAAAAGAAACGGAAGCAAUAUGGAGUGAGUGAGGAUACGACUUAUCCAAAAGCAAGUACAACUGAUUCAGACGAAACUUCAGUAACUACUCCAACAGAUAUUAAUCAGCCAGAAUAUAAGUCUAGAGAUAAGAGAAAAAAGAGUAAGAAGAAAAUUGAACCUGAAACGGAAAAAUCUGAAAUUACACCGGAAAUAACACCAAUAAUAGGAAGUGAAAUGGUAGAAACAUCACCAAGAGAAGAAUCUUACCAUACGAUGAGUGAAGUAUCUGAAAGUAAUACAGUAAAAAUAGUAGAAGAAUGCGUACAAAGUAGUCCUGAAACAUUAAAUAAAGAAGUCCCUACAACUAUUACAUAUCCUAUUUCAGUUGUUGAAGAGGUAUUAACACAAGAGUAUUCUGUUCAAACAUCACCGGAAGUUUCUAUUGAACAAGAUUCUACGAAGGAAGAGGUGGAAAUUUCAAAACCUGAAACAGUAGAUAUUGUAUCGCAAACAUCGCCAACACCAAGAAGUGAAUCGCUGGUACAGACAACUCCUAUCGAGGAUAAAGAGGCCCAUACUCAAACAGUCGAAGAAAUUAUUAGCAUUGAGAAAGUGCCUAUGUUAGAUUCUGAAAUACAAACAAGUAGAACAGAAACUCCAGAAGCAAUAGUACAGUCUGAGGCUACAACUCAAGUUCUUUCUUACGAUAUUAGUGCACCAGAAGAGAAGUUUUCGCAAACAUCGCCACUAAUUGAAGAGCAGAAACAAGACGAGAAACCUAUAGUUGAAACGGAGUCUAAAGAAAUGCAAACAUCUCCAGCAACUGAGAUAAUAAAGGAAGAGAAAAGCACUGAAAUUAUUAUAGAAACAAGUGACACUGAUAUUCAAACUGUAAAAUAUGAUGUAGUUGAUCAGGAAACGUCUACAACACCUGUAAAGGAAACAGAAGUUACAGAAGUGAGCAUUCAGACUCCAGAAGUUCCUCUUAUUAGCUCAUACACACAAUCAGAUACACCAGAACCUAUAGACAGUUUAUCUAUAAAAGAUGUUACUGUUGUUGAUACUAUUCAACAGACAUCUCCAAGAGAACAAUUACCUCAACUUGAAACUAUAAAAGCAGUAGAAACAGUUGAUAGUACUCAGCAAACAUCCCCAAGUCCUGAGAAGCUUCUUGAAAUUCAAGCCCAAGAAGGUAUUACAAUAACUCCAAGUGAAGUUAUUACAAGUGACAACACUCAACAAACUUCUCCAGUAAAAGAGCUCGUAAAAACAUCACUUGAACCUUCUACACUUAUUCCUGAAUUACCCAAAACAGAUAUUGUGACGAUAGAUACAAUUCAACAGACUUCCCCAAGAGACUAUUCUGAAACUUCAAUUUCAACAUCGACAGACGAGCCAUAUGAAGUACACUUACGUGCUCAAAUAUCUAUACCACAAUCAGUUACUGAUUUUAUUAAAAAUGAACGUGAAACUCAGGAUAGACCACAAGCCAUAUCUGGUGAAAAACAUAAGCAUAAAAAGAAAAAACAUAAAAAGAAAGGCGACUCGCCUACUUUACAUUCUCCUGAGAGUUUAUCAGAUCCUAUCACCACAGAACUUUCCAUGUCUGUAACACCAACAAGUGAAGAUCUAUCUAGUAAAGAUAUAUCGUCAAUAGAUGAAGGUAUUUAUCAAGGUGUUAGUCCAGUAUUAUCUAAACAGCAAGAUAUUACUACACAGCCAAAACUUACGUAUUCUGAUGUAGUUCAACGCUCUAAGUCUAAAUCACCAUCGCCAACUAAAAGUAUAAUUCCACAUAAAACGGAAAAAAUCAAGUUGCUUGAUACUCUACAAAAACGUACGCAAUCUAUUGUUGAUUCCCAUAAACAACCAGUGGAUUCAAUGGCUUUAGUAUUAUAUGAACCAACAGUUGAAAAUUCUUAUGAUAUUAUUGUCAAUAAAGAAAUCGAUGAAGUGAGGAAUGCUAUAGAAAAUAAUGAUCGAAAUCAAACUGAGAGAAGUACCAUUAUAAUCAUCGAGACAAUAUCUACUUGGUUAGAAGAAAUUCAUUAUAUGAUACAAAGAGAAACUGUAACUGGCAUUAAAGAAACGCAACAGAACGAUCGUUUGCAGUCAUUACAAUCCUAUAUUCAAAGUUUAAAAGAAAUAAUUGAAAUAACCGAUGUAAAUGAAGAAAUUAUUACUUUAAUUGAAACACUAACAUAUCAAGUUAAUGCUGUUACUUCAUUAAACAAGGAUAAAUCUAAUAGAGUACAAGAAAAUGAAGAGGAGUGGGAGAAAUUCUUAAACGAAACUGAUAAACUCUAUAAGACGGUGCAAAAUUUGAAAUUAAAUCUUGACAACAUUAUUAUUUCAGACCUUCCAACACAACAAAAACUAGACAAACUGGAUAAAAUUGAAAUAAACAAUGCUGAUAAUUCAGAUAAUGUUAAGAAACUAUUUAUACGUUAUCGUACACUUUCAGAGGCAAACUCUAAACGGGAAUGUCCUUCUAUACUUUAUGGCUGUGACGAAGAUACAAAGCAAGUGGAAAACGUCAUCAAUACGGAAAGAGACCGUCUUUUACAAUUAACAUCUUUGGCUGAAGAGUACGAACAAACUUUACAAGAUUUUGGUCAGAUUACAGAUGUUGCUGAAGCUCUCCUAGAUGGUAAAAUCAUAGUGUCAAAUUUAGAUCAUUUACACGAGGAAAUUCAAAAACACAGAAAGUUCUUUGUUAAUUUAAGUCAUUGCAGAGCCAUACUUGAAUCACUAGAAGAUAAUUUAGACAGUGAAACGAGAUCAAAAUACGCAUCACUACAUAAUUCACUACAUGACAGAGCGACCGUAAUUAUUGACAGAGCCGCAAGCAGAGCACAGCAGAUGACUUUAGCUGCUUCUAAAUGGACAAUGCUAGAGCAAGGAAUGAAAGCUGAAAAACAGUGGCUCGUAGUCGCUCAGCAGAGGGUACCUGAUCUGACUAAUGUAACAUCUAUGGACCAUGAACAAUACAUUAAUUUAUACCAAUCAUUAAGUUUGGAUAUAUCGCAUCACUACGCAAAGAUGCUACGUUUAAUGUCUAUUACUCAAGGCCUUCAAAACUUAAUUGUGUGUUCUGGACUGGAAACUGAAUGUUCCAUGGCAUUAGACACUUUACUCAAAUUGCAGGAGGAUGUAGACUCAAGAUUAACAAGACUAACAGCAUUUAAAGAAAAUUGGAUUAUGUAUGACCAUCUUAUAGACAGAAUAGAAAGUUGGAUAAGAAUCACUAAUAGAGAAAUGGAAAAUAUUACGCCAGAAAAUAUUACAACUACAGGUAACCUCCGUCGUUUCUGGGAACUAAAGGCACAACAUGAAGUACAUAAUAAUUUAAGAAAUGAAUCUGGAAUUCAGUUUGAAAAGGCUCUUGAAAUUCUUCCUAUAUCUGACGAAAUGGUACAACGUCAGUUUUUCUCUAAAAUUGAAGAUAAAUGGCGUGAUUUAGCUGAAAAGAUUAAUGACAUACAUGUAUCAGCUAUUCAGAAUAUAUCCGAUCGCGAUGUCACAUCUGGCGAAAAGUUAAAUAUAUUGGAAGAAGAAAUAAAAGAACUACGAUCAUCUUUAGACAAUCUUAAAGGAGUCAUAAAAAGUGAAGACGAACUUAACUUAUAUAUUGAAAGAUUACAAGUGAUGACUGGUCGUAUAGAUAGAAUACAAAAUGAACUUGGCAGGCUUAGCUUACUUCCUACAGCAGAAUCUGAACGUCUAGGUGCACUUCUAACUCAGUCUGGAAACCUAGAUGAUCAAAUAUCUGAAGAACUAGAACGGGGCUUAUUAUUGAAAGAAAAAAUUGUACAAGUUCAAGCUGGUAUAAUCCGAUGUCAAAAGAGUCAACGCCGGGCAAGGCUCACUUUAGAAGAAUGUGAAGCUGCCGAGCGUCUAGGCAGUGAUGUUGUAGAGCGAGCUUCUGAUAAUUGUGAAAGGCUUCUAGAAGAUUUGGCAUCUCAAUGGAGAGAUAUUUUAGCAUUAAGACAGGCUCUACACACGCUACCAAUUAGUUUACGUGUCUGUGUAUCACCUACAGGUCUUGAGAGAGACAUCUCAGCUCUACAGGAAACUCACGCAACAUUGGAAGUAGCUUGCAAUGAUCUCAGCGCAAGACUUCGCUCUAAAGUCCAGCUGUGGAAGAGAUUCGAACGACAACUAGAGUUGGUGCAGGGAGCAGUAAGAGAAGCCGAUUAUAUGGUCGAGUUACUCACAGUCCAAGGGCAAGUGGACUACGACCGUUUGCUGAAAGCUACUGAAAAACUUGAGACAUUGAGCGAAUCCCUCACACGCCGCAGUGGUGAAUUGGUUGGACAGCUGCGAGACGCUGCAGCACCACUGGAAGCGUCCACAGAUCCGGCUGUAGUGGUACAACUACGAAGGGAGCUGGACGAGGCAGCCGCUGCCUACGACCACACAUGCAGCAAUCUCACCCAACUUUGCGACAAAUAUCACCGUGCUGUUGAGCUUUGGAAGCGGUACCGAGAUGCAGCGGCCGCUGUGCGCACGUUUGCAGACUAUAUCGAAGGCCAGCUGCACUCGUUGCGACCUGACGACGCUCCAGCAACCGCACAGGCAUGCCUAGAACAGGAGUCCAGGGUAGCAGAACUCCGGUGUCUAGCUGCCCGCGUAGCUGCCGAGACUGGUUCUCGAGCUCUACAAGCUGAUGCAGAUGCACUGGCCAGGAGAAUGCAGCUGGUAGCCGGUGCAGUACAGGUUCUGGCGGACCUUGGUGAAGCCAGGCAGCUAGCCAGGGCAAAGGCCCUUCAUGCAAAGGAGAAGCUGUGCGAUAUGAGACAGGACUUGACUCCGUUACACGAAGAUGGUGAAAUCGUCGAAGACAAAUUGAUAGCACUUCGAGAAAAUUUAAUAGCUCUAGGAAAAAGUGAAGCAGAUUUCGUGCCAGGCAAAGAAGAUCUACCUGAGAUCGACCGAGAUAUAUCUGACGAACACUCUAUUGUCAGGAUAUUAGAAUUAUGGCAGGCUAUGUUCAGAGAUACCUUCCUCCAUUACCAUCGCCUUUCUACCGCUCUAGUACGGUCAGGAGAUGCUGCAACUGCUCUUAGGCUAUGGAAUGAAUAUCUAAUAGACUUGCAAUCCUUCCUAUCUGGAUCUGUUCCGGCGGAUUAUGAAAACCUAACUGAACAUCGUCGGUUAUGCAGAGUACACAGAAAUUUGCUUACAUCGCAAAGAUCUAUACUUAUGAACGAAAAUAAAGAUUUGAAGAAUAAAGAACUAGUUGACAAGUUUGACAUAAUGACAAACCUACACAACGAAACCCUGGCGAGGAUAGUGGAGAGGCAUGAUGAGGUCUGCGCUAGAAUCGCUGCAUGGGACGAUUAUAGAGAACUCAAUACUGAGCUACUACGUUGGCUUAAAGAGAUGGAGCGAGAAAAAGAAAAACUUCAACUCCGAUAUGUACACAUAAAAACAAUUAAUAAAACACUAGUCAAAAUACAGAAUCUCACUGACAAAGUACCUGAAGGAAAGAAACAAGCAGAUAAACUGCAUACUUAUCUCAAGAAAGUUCUCGAAUUCACUGAGGAAGCAUAUGGAGCAUCAGUGAGAAUCGAAUAUGCUGGUAUGGUAAAGAGAAUUGAGAAUUUGCAAGCUAGUCUCGAUAUAUGGCGAGAUUUCUUAACUCGAAUACUUGGUCUAAUUGGUGAAUAUGAUACAUUAACAAAUGAUCUUCUUAAACUGUUCUCACAAACACAAGAUGAAAUUAAUUCAUACUCUGACGAGGUACGACUAUCACGACCACAGCUUAAGAAGGCCAUAAACAAAUACACGGAUUUGAAAACAAAAAUUGAAAAGACUGAAUCACAAAUUGAAGCUUUAAGCGUUAUUCAAGAACAGUUAAAAGAAUGUCUGAGCCCUCAAGAUAUCCGCAUUGUCAAUCAAAGAAUUUGGCAGUUACGACAACAACGAGCUGAUUUGGAACAUCAACUUUCUAUUAUAAUUCACCGAUUGCAAGAACGUUUAGAAGUCUACGCCAUAUUUGAAUCCCGAUUAUUACGAUUUACGGUUUGGAUAACAUCACUAGAGUCUCGACUUGAAACAUCGAGUCAGAGCACUGAAAUUGGAGCUCUUGACCCUCAAGAUUUAAUUAGAAGGAUUAAUUCAGAUAUUCAAGCAGAAACAGCUUUAAAAGAACGCGAAUUCGAGUGGCUUUCUGAAACUGGUAACAUUCUCAUAGACCUGUCUAAAAAAGAAGAGAAGUCGUAUAGUAAAAAUACAUCUAAACAACUUAAAGAUGUACAAGAACGUUGGCAGAAGCUACAGGAUACAGGAAGAAGUAGAAUCGCAAAGAUUAAUGAGUUACUUGAUACAAUUUUGAAACUUGAAGAACGGCUUACAGAAAUCAGAUUAAAACUACAUACUAUUGAAUCUAAAUUAUCGGCGCAAGUCGUGUUGGAACAUUUCACAUCCAAAGCAGUUGAUGAAAAGUUUAGAGAUCGCGAUGAGAUUCAAAAGAGUAUAGAAAACGAAAGCGAAGAAGUAGGACAAGUCCUCAACCAUUGUGAGUUAAUUUUCAAUGACCCGGAUGUUCUCAAAGGCAACUUUGAUUUAAGAAAUUUGCGUACCGGAGUAGACAUUGUAGAAAAGAAGUGGAAGAACAUCUGUGAUAUGUCAGAACAUCGUAAGAAUGCUCUAAAAGAAAUUCGCAAAUCUGCAGAAUUAUCUAAUUCAUUGCUACCUAAAGUAGAAAAGAAACUAGACUCUAUCGAGAAACGUGUUGAAAAAGUUGAAAGUAGAAAACAACGCGGUGAGCUUGAAGAUGAAAGUGUAGCUAAAUCUGUUAUUAAGGAUUUGGAUUCAUUGGAAAUAGAUAUUAAAAAGCUUGAAGAUGCUUAUAGUAGAGUAGCAUCUUCUAGAGGAAUAGAACUACGUGGAGAAGGUGCCGAUGAUGUUGCAAGGUUACGCGCUGCAGUUCGUCGUUGGCAACAAUUAAGAGUUCGAGUUGAUGCAGCAGGAGCAGAUGCACAUAGACAAUUUGUCGCUGCACAUGGCAAGGCCGUAGUUGCUUUGGCUGAAGCCGACGUAAGAUUAACAAGAGCUUUACAUCUCGCUCCAACACCGUUAGAUAAAGCUACUACUCUUAAAGAAUUAGAAGGCGUCGAACAAGAACUCAGAGAGUGCGAAGCGCAUGUUUCUGAAGCCGAUCGCCUCUCAACAACGGUAUCAACAGUAUCAGGCGUCCCGGAUAUGGUGGCAGAAUAUCGUGCAUUAUAUGCGGAUGUUAAGACUCGUCUCGAUGUAGCUCGAGCAGAAGUGGUAGGAGACGUCGAUACUGCUGUUCAAGUGGACACUCUAAAAUGGGAUGCCGCUCUCCAGGUAGACACAUUAACAUCUAAAGAAACUUACCGAGUGGAACUGGCUUUAGCUGUUAAAGAAACAUCAGAGUCUUUAGAAGCUCUUCGAACAGCUCUACUACAACAACCCGUGGAAAAAUCAAGUAGCGAUGAACUGGCAACGGCUGCCAAAGAAAUUGCCAAAGCUGGUACAAAACCUAGUCAAACUUUGGAACUCGCGAAACAUUUAUCUGAACUUCUACUAACUGAAUGUGAUGCCACUGAAGACGAAGCAAUGAUGAAAGAAGUGGAAUCACUGUCUCUAAGAUACGAGGAUCUUCUAGCACAGGCGAAAAAGCGCGAGCUACAGAUUAACAACUUAAGGUUGCCACACUCCUCAUCAUACGCGCUCACGUGCGAACAUGAGACGGGUCGCCUGACUUGUCCGCUUUGCUCGGAACGCAACUGGAAGCAAUUGGACAACGAUCUGUGGAGGUUGGAACAGUGGCUGCAGUACGCUGAAGCGACUGAGGCGGCCAGAACUGACCCGCCUGAACAGUACGAUGCAUUAGAAGAUGCUAUUCAGGACCACCGCGAGUUCCUGCUGGACCUGGACUCGCACAAGUCGAUCGUGGUGUCCCUGAACGUGGUGGGCGCGCACGUGGCUGCGCAUGCGCGCGCGCCCGCAGACGCGGAGCGCGUGCGCGCGCGGCUCGCGGCCGCCAACCGCCGCUGGGACGACGCCUGCGCGCGCGCCGCCGCCGCGCACCACGCGCUGCAGCGCGCGCUCGUGCACAACCAACAGUUCCACGACAUCGUGGUGCAGUUGGUGGCGCAGCUGGCGGAGGCGGAGCGCGGCGUGCGCGCGCGCGAGCCGCUGCGGCUGUCGCGCGCGGCGCACGAGCUGCAGCUGGACUUCCGGCGGUUCUCCGAGCUGCGCGACGAGCUCGCCGCCGCCGAGCCGCGCGUGCUGGCGCUGCACGACGCCGCGCAGCUGCUGCGCUCCGACGACGCGCCCGCGCACUCCGCAGACAUCUGCCGCCGCCUGGGUGAACUACGACUGCGGCUACAGUCCCUCCGCAAGUUAUCAGGCGUGUACGCUCUCAAACUUGGCGCCGCGCUCGCGCGACAGCCGCGACAUUCCGCGCGACCGUCCGCACUCGCGGCAGUCGCCGCCGCGGCCGCCUCCGCCACUCCCCAGCUAUUGGAGGAGGAUGAGGAACAGAUCUCAACAACACACCUGCCGCCCCUCGACGAGAAUGACGUGAUUAUAAGUGACGAUACAGAAGACCAAGACUUGAGCAGCCUCCAACGGGGUCUGCGCUUCGUCUGCCGCGUGGCCAGGGCAUCGAUCCCGUUCCAAGCGCUGCUGCUGCUGCUGCUGGGCGCCGCCGCCCUGGCCCCCCACGCCCACUCUGACUGCCGCUCCUCUGGACUGGCCCUGGAACCAGUCUUACGAUACCCCGAAGGGCCCCCGCCGCUCUGAUCCCGAAAGCGAAAGUGAACGACGCGCAUCAUAUCGAAAGCAAAGUCAGCCUUCCCUCUGGGCUGAUAUCACCUUCAUUGCCGAUGAAAAUUGUCCAAAAUUUGGCAAACUUUAAAAAAAAAACGAUAAAAUCGUACAUGGUAUGCUGAUAGGACCGUAGAUAGGCCUAACUAUAAUUAAUCUAUAAUUGGCCGCUCUAUAAUCGGCAAUGAGUGGUUUUUGAAUUUAGAAUUAAAGAUGGCCGCUUUUGAUAUUAGCGCAUGCGCUCUCGCCACUGCUUUUAGUGAAAACGCGGUGUCCGAGCGCGCGUACCACGUGACAUUCCAAUUUUGAAUGGUGCUACCCCGCGGCCGUUCGCCGCCGCAUGUAAAUAGAGUUUUUGUAUAUUUGUUACUUGUCCGCGUGUGAUAUAUCGCGGCCCCGCUGCAAUCUACAUUUCAUUCUGUUUAAUUAAUCUACGUAAUUAUACUAAAUAUAAAAAAGGUUGAAGCUCAUAAAAAAUACAUACUUUGGCGCGGCCAAAUAGUAUGCUUCCAUGACGUGCCACUGCGUACUUUGCAAUAUUGUUAUAAUAUACGAACUUUUAAAUAUAUGUACGUCAGUUUUCAUGAUGAAAAAGUUAUAAAUCAUGGUAAUAGUGUCACAGAAUAUAUAAGUACAAUUUUGGCGCGAACGCUUGCCAGUGUUACCAACAUUUUAUUAUGAAAACGUGCAUACAUCGUUUCACAGUUCGAAUGUUACAACACAAUUAUAGAAGUAUGCACUAUAUUCCUUAGCCCGUCUUGAAAGUGCACUAUUUUACCGCGUCACGAAGUUUAUUUUUUUUAUCAAGUUUUGCGGCCAUGUUUUUUAUUUUGAAUAAUCCCAUAGGUUUUUCAUUUAAAUGGAAUUAAGUGUAGUCUGUGGCGCGACCAUAGACUAUCACACGUAGACGUGGUUGGAAAGCAGGAGUUUGUGCCGCGGCGGCGGACGCACCGCGAGUCAUGUUUCGCGCCAAAAUCAAUCGAAAUAUUUAUAUAGAGUGUAUUUAUUAUUUAUAUUAUAAAUAAUCAUUAUAUUAUUAUUAUUGCGCCGCACAAAUCAUUAUAAGACGGCUUUCGAUUCAUUCGCAUUGUUACUUAUUAGAUGAUAAGGACUGUUUAUAUGGAAGUCAAAUAAAGUCAUUGCAUUGAUUACAAA